UCGGACGAGAUUGCUGCAAAAUUAAAAACAUCUUCGGUCACACACGCGCAUCGUAAAAAAAAAGAAUAAUAACAAAAAUACUUCCGACUUUAUAGACUUUUACACAGAUGUGUAUAUAUUUUAGUGUGUAUAGCUCUAGUUAGAUACAAAGUGACCGAAAGGCAAGAGCAAGGAGCCAAAGCGCAGAGAAGCACAAGAGAAAUCGGACUAUCGUCUCAAGUUACCCCUCUUAUAUAUUAUUAUAUAUUCUUUAACUUGGAAAAUCAGCCACGGAAAAACCACCCCUUCGAGAAAUUUUCUCUAUAUAAAAUUUAGUGUAAUUUUCUUCUCUUAAUAAAUAUUUACCCACACACCCGGCGCUCGAAAACCAACUUGAAGCCAAAGCCGAGGAGUACUCCUACUACCCCCUUCUAUCAAAGUCUAGGCGUUUAGUUUCCGUUGUUCCUCAAUCGUGUGUUGUUUGGUCUCGGGCCGGCCGGAGAUACCAAGGAGUUGUCCUUACAUAUUAUCGCUGCCCCGGAGAAAGUCGUGCACCACAUCUAACUCGACUCUCUUACGGUUCGGACCUCGGAAUACAAAAAACGGCCGGUAAUCAACUUCUUGAAAAUAAGAAAAAAAAAUUAAAAUACCAAAAUCAAACCUCGGACUAACACGUGUCGUCGAUCCGGAACCGAGAACUCGAGUAUCGUGAUUGUUAAAAUCGAGAGAAAAAAAACCAAACCCGCGUAUUUCGAUAAAAUCAAACAGUUUCGCGUUAAAGGAAAACAUCUUCGUCAUAGGAAAAAUAAACAACCUAGUUCGUGCUCAAGAAUCGUCAAGACCAAAAUCAUAGAACCGAAUCAAGCUCAAUCUGCACUCAGCCUCAAACGGAAAGAUUGGAAUCAACCUAACCAACCCAGAAGAGAUGGAUCAGAUCCGUGUAUGAAUCGCUGAAUACCAAGGAUUAAAGUGGAAAAUUUAAAUCGUAGAAAAACAAAAGUGUUGCGCGCAAUGGCCAUCACCUGUGAUCAUCCGGUGGCCUCCAGUAACCUAAGUCUGCUAAAUAACAUCGCCAAGGAUUACUGCACUUCCGGUCCACGACUAACUGCCAACUCUGCCGUGACCGGGCCAGUGUUCUUACCAUCUACCACCAAAGGCAAUAUGGUGAUCUUGCUUUGAACAAUGUUCUUUAGUUGGAAUUUUAAGUUUGAACUAAACUCUAGUCGAUAAGACAGAUCAGGUAAAACCAACCAAACGACUAUAUCUAGUGUGUGUAAAAUGUUCUCCCGCAAAGCGAACAUUUAUAAGCUAAAACAUCUUGUUUCAUUAACCUUUGGGCGCCCAUCUAACCCAAGGGACUACUAACUGUAAAGUGUGUUGGAAAGUUAUAUAAGCCUUUCUACACGAGGUACAGAAAAAAAAACAAAAAAAAAAAAACAAUUAAAUGAUGCUGAAUACCAAAACCAGUGCUGAACAAAAUGAAAAAAGUUCGGAAGCUGGUAAAAUUGUUGCAAAAUGUCAUCCGAAAGAAAUGAGUGAAAAAUUAUGUGAAACGACAAAAUGGUCACAAAACUACAAUGACGACUGAUGGCCCCGCCAAGUGCCGCCAAAUCAGACCCGCUCGUUGGACUAGAAAACUUAAUAGUUGAAGAUAAUAGAAAACCAAAAACAAACAUAACCAAAUAAACAAAAAAAAAGUACUAAACACUAAUCACAGUGAACAUAAUCAAACAAGUUUUAUCCUCCCAACAACAAAUACACAAAUGGAGUACUGCUACCGCAAAAAGGUGAAACUUCGGCAGCAGACUUCAGUUCCCUAAAGUUUAGUUUUCGCAUUUUUUACUACUGCAAAAAAUCCCCACGACUCCCGACGAACGGAACGCGGGAGUUUCCUAAGACCAGUGAGAGUGAAAAUAGGAAGAAAAAAAACCAGAAUUUCGAUACAACAACAUCAACAAAUCAAGUCUGAGUGAAGUAGUUUAAGUUUGAGCUUAAUCGACACGACGAUACAGUUUUUUCAAAUCAGUAGCAUUUGAGUGUAACUCGAUUGCCUCGAAGUUAUAAGAAGAAACUUGAACCGAAACCAAAAACUGACAGUGCAACUGUUUUUUUAAUGAACGUUUGAAUAAACAAAAAACUAACUUUCUCAAGACACUAAUUUUAAAAGUGCAAUCAUGAUGGACAAACUGGACUAAGUCCCCCAAAAGCUAAAACUAAGGAACUACCCUCGUGGAAUCGAGGAAUCUUGCCUGUUCAGUGUCAAGCCGAAAUCGAUCGGCUUGGAUGACUAAUUAGUUCCAAGUACAGCAAGAAAAUAACAAGAAGAAAAAAACCUGAUUUUGACCCUUGAAAAUAAUAUUGGAAAAAGUCCCCCGCAAAAAAAACAAUAAAAUCAGUGAAAGUGUACGCGUGGAAGCCCCGAUCAGUGAAAAUACUUGCCUACAUGAAGAAGACAACACAAGAAGAAAAUCUCCGAAGAAUAGAAAAGAAGCCAGGAUUACGGUAAAUCACAAACAGAAAGUGAAAGUGACCCACCCGCUUGUCUCUCGAGACCCGGAAGAUAUUGUGACAAAGUAAAACAAAAAAAAACACAGAUAGAAGUGAAAGUGAAAAUUGCGCCAAUCUGCCCAAGACAGAAUUGAAAAAAAAAGCGGAAAAAACAAACCAAACCGGAAACUAACACAUCGGAGAAAAGUGCUUAUGUGCGAUAGUUGAGAAAAAACGGAAAACGAGAAACGAAAAAUAUAUCAAGUAUUCUUUCUAUCAACCCCCGGUACGUGUGUCACAUGUGUGGAAUAGCAAACAACCAUCUCAAAGCUCUACAGAAUUUUACAACAUUUCCCCACCACAACAACUUCCGUACCCAGAUUCCACUCUUCUAGUUUAACCAGUUUCCUAUGUACUUGCGAAUACAUCAGGAAAAAAACGCAGAGCAUAACCCUUUAUGCGCUUUCCCGAGGCUCUCGCUAGCAAGUACGAGUUUUUGCUUUUGCAGCAAAACACCACUUGUUCCCUUCUAGAUCCCUAACAGCUUUUCUGCUAACGAAUAAUCCAUUCCCCACCGACCCACCGCACACCUAAUUAGCUAGCUAGAGAAUUGAAUCAAACAUCAACCUAAUCAGUACAAAUAGAAACCAACAGAACAAACCUGAACUAUCCUUUUUCCCAAUCCGAUCCCUCGCAGUCUCCCUCCGAUUACUCAAAUCAAUUAUUUCAAUCGGCAAAUAAUAUCGAAAAUCAAAAGCGAACGCGAACGAUUAUUUUUAAUAAAAAACUUCGUUUCGCGCUAUCCUCGCUAUCGUCGAUCUUCUUUAUCGACCGAUCUCUCGUCGGUCACGAUCUCGGCCGGCAGCGACGAAAAUGGCCGGUGGUGGCAGGGCUGCCAGCAGCAACAGUGUUGCCCUCGUUUGAACUUGUCGCGUAUGAAAAGGCGGAAACUGGAUAGGAGGAGAGUCAAAAGCGAAAGCGGAAAACGGCACAAACGUCGGAAGCGAAGAAAACGAAACCGAUUCUACCCGUACUGUGAUCGAUCCCUUUCCUCGGAGGGAUCAAGAAAAACUUGAUAACCAAUAGUCAAAACGCCGAUAGUACAAAGCAAAUCAGCAAACCGAUAAUACGACGCCAAUUGUCGUUCCACAAAUCAGUGACACUUGGGCGCGUGGCAACAUCGCGCGCGCUCUCCUUCUCUCGUUCGCUCCCCGCACACACCGCGCCAAGAAAGGGAGAGUGAGUGAGUGAAUGUGAAUGUGUGUGGACGAAUCACAUAUGAUAUUCCCACAAAAUACACCGACUCGACUUCUGCCCGAAAAUUGCCUACCACAACGCCAGGUCCAUGCGAUGGAAGGGGAAUUAUAAGGCCGGGUUAAGAGAGGGGUAUCGUUCGGAAUCGUUGGAAGGGGCACUCGCUUGUCGUGGAAGCCGUCAACAGCAGUCUAAUCGUAUGUUUCGCCGUGGCGGUUUGUCAACAUCGUCUUCGUUCUCCGGUCGUAAUAUUAAGAAUCAGCCACGGGUACCGCCAACUCAAAAUCGGGGAGGGGAGAGUUUCUCCCACCGUUCGCUGGUCUCUGGGCCAAUAAAGCUGUUUGCCUCUUAUGAUGUCAUCAGAGGAGGACACUGAUUCUUUCGGUUUGUACGUCGAUAAGUUGGACAAGAAAAACAAACGAGCCAGACAGCGCGUAGACGCCGGAGAACCAAGAAAUAGUUAUUCCUCGAUACCGAACUUUAGUUCGAGACCAUCCAACUUCAUGAGCGGUGGUCUAUACGGGGCUAUUUUUAGCCAAAGCCAGCAACAUUUCGGUGGACUGUUUGGUCCUGGUGGAUACGGACCAGCCAACAAGAUGCUCAACGAGUUGUUGGGUAGACAAGUGAAACAAGCACAAGACGCCAACGAUCCAGACAGUGUAAUGCUAUCGUCGAUCGAAGCAGCCAAUGCCGCAGAAACUAACAACACCCCAUCCAGUAAGCAUGGAUUUGAAAGCACAACAAAUCUGAACAACAACAACAGUAGUACCAACAACAAUAACAACAAUUCACCCACAUCAGAUGGAUCUGCAAUGAUGGGUCGAAGGAGUAGUAACAGUCAAAGUAAUGCAGUCAACAAUGUUGGCAACAACAACAGUAAUAGCAGCAGUGGUGUUAUAGACCUUGACGGUGGUUCUAGAACACCACAGCCUAAUGAUCUGGCGCAUCAUAUGUUGCGCAAUAUCCUGCAAAGCAAAAAGGAGCUCAUGGCUCUGGGUGACCGGAUAUCACCCGAGAAUAACAAUGUGAUCAGUAAAAACAAUAACAUCUACGACAUAACCAAGUGUGAAACAGUGAACGGUGAUGUGAGUGACUCUAGUGACCUAGGUGCUAAUAACAACAGUGUCUCUGGUAAAUCUAGCCAGAAGAUCAGUGCGACCAAUAAUCAAAUCAACAACAGUGAUAACCAAAGUCAACCGAUUAGGCCAAUUUCUCUGGGUUCGAAUCAGAGCAACUGUGAAGAUAUGCUGGCCGCUGAGUUGGGUCUCAACGAUCGGCCGCUAAACGGUAUGGUGGGAGGAAAUUCCAGCAGUAACAGUGUCCGAUGUUCUAGUGUCAAUCCUAAACAGGAGAAAAGUGAUGUGAUUGAUGAGUUGGUGGCAUCGCUUCCGGAUGAGACUGACGAUACUAUGCCAUCUCCUGCCUCGGGCAGCAAUGGAGUGAUAAUCACCAAACAGGAAAUGGACAUUGAUGAUUGCCUGGAAGACAAAGAUCGAGACGAUCGGACACCGAGUCCGACGCCGAGCAAAAAUGACUCGGAAUCGAUGACACUUAAACGUGCGCGAGUGGAAAAUAUUGUCUCGUCCAUGCGAGCUAGUCCUGCGUUGCUUGGUGCGCAACCUGGACAAGUGAACGGAUGUAAGAAACGAAAACUUUACCACCCACAGCAGCAUGAUAACAGUGCUGCAGAACGGUAUGCUGCAGCUGCUGCAGCGGGCCUAAACCUUGGACUUACUCUGCAAAAUUUCAUGCUUAGUGCAAGUGCCGAUCCUGAUGAUGACGACGAUGAAUUGGAAGUUACACCACAAAUUCAUCAGAAACGAGUCGAAAAAGACGUACUUAAGUCUCAGCUGCGAUCGAUGCAGGAGCAGCUUGCUGAAAUGCAGCAAAAAUAUGUGCAAUUGUGUUCUCGAAUGGAACAACAGUCUGACACUCAGGAAGCAGACGAUAGUGUUAGUGAUAUGGAAGAUGAUUCCAACCAUCCCGAUCUGUCUCCGGAUAAGUCUCUGAUUCAAAGCUCUCCAUCCUCGACCCCGAUCAAAGACGUCGGUAAAGGAUCGGAUGCAUCGAGUAUGCUCCAAAUGAUGAGCAAGAUGAUGUCGGCAAAGAUCCAUAGUCAACUGCCUACUCACCCUCAUCUGCAAGGCGGUUUCAAUGGUACGCACCUUUUCUUGCAGCACAUGCAACAGCAAGCAGGAUUGCCGCACGAUGGAAUCAGCCAACACAACCAAAUCAGUAAUGCAGCAAUGUACCAGAAGCUACUGAUGGAGCAGGAAGCACGGAUGGCCAAGGAAGUUGCAGAGCAACAAGAACGAAACCUACAGAACACCAACCAGCAGCUGCUUCAACAGCAAGCACUACAGCAACAGCAACAAAUGCAGCAACAACAGGAGCGGAGUAUGCAAUCAAACAACUCAACACUGUUACAGCAACAGGUGCAGCAACAAAAUCAAGCUCCACCACCCCAGCUUCAGUCACCGCAAUCGAAUCAAUCUCAGCAACAGCAGCAGCAGCAGCAACAACAACAACAGCAAAUGCAAAUGCAAAUGCAGCAGCAACAACAGCAGCAGCAGUUGCAGCAACAACAACAGCAACAACAAUCGUCGCAACCUACACCGCAAAUUCCUCAACUACCCCACCUGCCUCAGUUACCUAAAGGUGCAGUUAUUCCAUCGGAACUGUCCAGUCGGUUGAAUCUAAUGAGAUCGACUGCCAAUUCUGUAGGACCAAUGUCCGGCUCCGACCUGGAAGGUCUAGCCGAUAUCCUGAAAACGGAAAUCACUGCCUCCCUAUCUAAUCUGGUCGACUCGAUCGUGACGAGGUUUGUGCACCAGCGGCGAUUUCUUGGUAAACAAUCGGAAGCCGCAGUAGCGGCAGCCGAACAGCUCAACAAGGACCUAAUGAUGGCAUCCCAACUUCUGGAUCGUUCAAAAUCCCCCCGAACGAAAGUCUCCGCGGAUCGAGGGCCCAAUGUCAGCAAUAACAGUAGCAAUCUUUCAGGUAAUGGACCAAUGCAUAGUUCUAAUCUUAAUAAUGCACCUAAUGCAAACGUGGUGAACCAGCCUCCUGCUGGCAACACGAUGCUCUCCGGUCAACAGGGUAAUGGGCCACGUUUAAACGGCACCGCUUUUCCUCCUAUGGGAAUGCCGAUGCACGUCAACAACGCACCUACGCACGAUCCCAAGACCAUGAACAAUGUCAAUCAGAUGAAUAUGCCACCUCAUGUUCGACCUUCUCCUUCUACAGCUAUGUUCCAGCCGCCGAAAGCGCCGCAGAAUAUCAAUUCGGUAGCCGCCGCCGCGCUUUACAACUCGAUGAAUGCCCUCGGAAGUAACCCGGUCAAUCCUUUCUGCCUACCGGAACCUCGAGAAAAUCCAGAACAAGCCGAAGCACUGAGCUUAGUUGUUACACCUAAGAAGAAACGUCAUAAGGUCACAGACACCCGCAUUACUCCGCGAACUGUCAGUCGGAUAUUGGCUCAAGAUGGUAUUAUUCCAUCGGUGAACGCUAUUCAGCUGGACCAAAGCAACAGCAACCAGGGUAGUAACAAUAGCAGUAAUAACAACCUGAACAACAACAGCAACAACGGUAGUAACAACAACAACCUGAACAACAACAAUAACAAUAAUAAUAGUAGCAAGAACAACAACCAGCAGCAAUUCAACAGUCAACCACCAAGCGUGCAAGCGAGCACACCAAACGAGAGCCCCUCGCCACGUGGUUCCUUCCAUCCUCCACCCCCGUCGAUGCUUCCGGUUUCGCUACCUACAUCCGUGGCGAUACCGAACCCCUCUCUUCACGAAUCCCAAGUAUUUUCGCCUUACAGCCCCUUCUUCAACCCGCACGGCCCACCACACGGUGGACCCCACGGACCCCAGCCAUCACAGUUCCAUCACGUGAAAAUGUCAUCGAGUCCCCCCGGCAUCAAUGGCAUGAUGGACCCGCGCGAUUCUCCUCCACUUCCGCAUCCGCCAACCAUGCUGCAUCCGGCGCUGCUGGCAGCCGCCCACCACGGCAACUCGCCCGAUUACGGUCACAUCCGGGCCUCCAUGGACAUCAACGACCGCAACUCGGACUGCAAUUCGGCCGACAUCUCCUACAACGGCAUGGAGCCUACUUCGUCAACUCUAACCCCGAUGCACCUGCGCAAGGCCAAGCUGAUGUUCUUCUGGGUCCGGUAUCCAAGCUCCUCCGUCCUCAAGAUGUACUUCCCGGACAUCAAGUUCAACAAGAACAACACCGCCCAGCUGGUCAAAUGGUUCUCCAACUUCAGGGAAUUCUACUACAUCCAGAUGGAGAAGUACGCCCGGCAAGCCGUCAGUGAAGGAAUGAAGAACGUGGACGACAUCCAUGUCGGAAAUGACAGCGAAAUCUACCGUGUUCUCAACCUACACUACAAUCGGAAUAAUCAUAUCGAGGUGCCCCAAAACUUCCGAUACGUUGUUGAACAGACGCUGCGAGAGUUCUUCCGCGCGAUUCAGAGCGGCAAGGACACGGAGCAAUCGUGGAAGAAAUCGAUCUACAAAAUCAUCUCUCGGCUGGACGACCCGGUGCCGGAAUACUUCAAGUCUCCAAACUUUUUGGAGCAGCUGGAGUAGAUCGGCUGACGGGCCAACUCUGCUACUACGAUUACUGUCGCCAAUAAUAGCGCAGUAACCACAGUAAAGACACCGUACGAACACAAUCCGGGUCCCUGCGGACUUCGACAGUACCGCAGCUACCUGAAGACACCGAAACCUGCAAACACCGAAUCAAUAAAAAAAAAAGUAAAACCAAAAUACUAAGGAAAAAGAGUAAAUAAUAAAUUUAAAAGAUAAAAAGUUACUUUAUUCAUUAUAACAUUAAAACAAAUUAUACAAAAUUGUUAUCUAAACAAAUUUAAAGCAAAGCAAAAGAAAUUUAAUUUUAGAGGAAAGUAACACAAAGUAUAAAAUAUAUUGUUUAAACAAAACGAAUCAACAACCAAGCAAAGAUCCAACAAAGGAGAAAGAGAGAUAGAGAAAAGAGACAACUAAACCAGAAACCAAAACCCUAACUAAAACAGAAACAAGCGAAAUCAAGAAACAACAUUUGUGGUUCCUAUAUAAACUGUAGUGUGCUUGCGUCCACGGAAAGAAAGCAACUGCAAAAUUCAGUAAACAUACAAAAAAAAGUACUUAUAGACGAUAUACUCGCGUUUAGGCCUUCAUUUCCAACAACAAAAGAUAAAACCAAAUUGAAUCGAUCCGCAAAAUUCCAUCUAAACUCAUUUACACUAUGCAAAAUUGUAACCUUUCAUCGAGAAAAAAAAAACAAAACAUCGUCGAGAGAAAAGUAAAAAAAAAAACCAUUGAAACAAAAACCUCAAUUUUAAAAAGUAAAAUAUUACAGACGCACGGACAUAAGUAAACAAAAACAAAGGACUCUAAAUUUAAACCCAAGUGUUUGUCAUCCACCAAAAACAACCUCAAGGAAAGAGCGAGAGCGUGAAUGCGAUAGGCCGAGAUUUGUGUAUUACCGAUGGAAUACGGAUCGUAACUUUUAGUGGAUUAUCCAUUCGAAGCUGGUAGGGCAGGAACGACUAAAGUGCGCGAGCAGUUGUGCGAAAGAGAGAGAAUGAGCGAUUAAGGUGUAGUAGAGCAACACGGAAUAAAAGAGUUAGUCGGAUCCUAGCAAACAUGUGAUAGCAACCUGAAGAGCAAACCAAUAGUAAGCGGAAGAAUGGAAAAAAACACCAAACACAAAAUAGGUAAACACUACUAAAUUUUUUUAAAAACAAAAUAAGACGUGUAAACUGUAUUGCAAGUCCAGGAAAUCUAAAUUGUUCGUUUCGGUCGUCGACGGAGGGAGUUCGGAAAAUGUUUGAACAGAGCAAAACUGCAAGGAGAGGGGGGAAGGGAUCAUAUUUUCGAAUGUAAUUAGUAAGCUUAAAAAUCAAGAGGAAAUAUUUCGGCAGGCAUUUUCACAAUCCCCGUUCGUCAAUGAAUGGGGAGCUGCGAAGUGCAUCCUAAACGUGUGAAUUUUACGAAACACCUUAGAGGUGGAAAUUAUUUUUAAAUAUGUGAUUGUUUUCUCGUAUCUUGCUUUGACACUAACCAAAAUUGAAGGAAACAUAACAAAACAUUGUGAAUAUUUUUCGGCGACAAGUGCUGGCGGGACAAACAAUAACCAAACUUAAGCCGCAGAGAUCAGGCUAAAAGAUUUCGGCAAAGUACGUGACCGGCUCAGAUCUCUCCAAGCCUGGAGGAAAUACAACUCAAGUGUUACUGGAAGGUAAAGUUACACGCUGAACUUUCGUAGCCCAAAGCGCGCCAUACUGUUUGUUUUUGAAACUUUUGUAAAUAUUAUUUUUAUUUAUUGCUUUACCCAAAGAGAGAAUAAGAUGUAAUAAAUUAUUGUUUAUUUUUAUUGUACAGAAUUAAUGCAAAAUUUUUGACUAUGAGAAAAGAACAAAAAAAAACGUUAUUCUCCACUUUUCGGCUAGGUGCAAAGUUGUCAACUGUUUAGGUAGCAAAAUUUGUUUUCGUUUCAAUACGUUUCGGCACGGUUGGUAACGCAGAAAAUAUGUUUCGGACUUUUGACCACUAUUAUAGGUUCUAAAUUGUAUAGGAAAAAUUUGCGGUUUUAGUGAGUGGGUUCGUUCGGAAACUUUAGAAAAAGGAAAAACGGGAUGGAAAAGAAAUGUGACGCCGCUUGGUAACGUUUGUUCACGUGACGCCUCCAACCUAACGCGAUUUGAGUCGGAAAAACGUACAGCAUUGUUAGAGAAUCAAAAUUGCUCUUUCGACAGGAACCAAUCGAAAAAUAAAAACCAAAAUUGUAGAUAGUCGUGUUUGUGAAACGAUAAAACCCUCUAUCUAACCUUUUGAACCUAUUAAAUUAAAAAUUAAGGUAUGGCAAUCCAAAGUAAGGAAAACAAAAAAAUAACAUUCCAAUUAAGGCGGUAUUUUAGGGAAACUAACUUAUUCAGAAUAUACACAUUUAUAAGCUUCAGAUUUCUGGAAUAAGAUCUGAUCUUGAAGUCUAGAAUCAGACCAGAUCUAAAUUUAAAAAUCAAUUAAAGCGCUCGUUUUUUUUAAAUGUAUUUUUCUCUGUUAUAUAUUUGAAAUCAGGACGUCGCUUUCCGGAAUGGCACUUUCCGAUUCAAGGCGCGGGACUAGAUGAUCUUUCGAAAUUGGUACAACCAUACAAACUUUUAGGCAAAUUCCAUAAAACUGAAAAAAGGAAAAUAUCAACAACAGCAAGCUCCGAUUCGGCCUUCACUGGAAAAGAUCUUCCCGGAGGAUCGGCAACUACCAUUCCGGACGGCAUACGAAACCGUAAAUUGGGCAAACAGAAUGGUGGCGCCAAAAAAAACUAAUUAUACCAAAGUAAAUUUCAACUAGGAGAAGUAUUCACUAGUCUCUUUGUAAUUAAAAGUAUUGCGUUUACUUAAAUAGUACCUUUGUUUUGCGUAUUCAAACACACAAACACGAGCGAGAGAGCGAAACCAUUGUUGAUUGAAACCAUUGGUUCACUGAAACCUGCUUAUUUAUUGUGAGUCUAUUUAGAGUUAAACGAGAUUCGAGGGGUUUUUUUAACAAAAGGAGUAAGGUACAAAACAGUGUACAUUUUAGAAUGUUCGAUGAAGCAUUACAGUAGCAUUAGCAAUUCCAAUAACUUUGGUAUACAUAUGGUUUUUAACAAAUUCACACGUCAGUCUGAACGAGGCAACGUGAAUUUUGCAUACAUUUUAAAGGUGAGUUCCCUAGUCUUGUGUAAUUCAGUUUAAAGUUUCUGCGGGAAGGAUAGGUACAUCAUAAGAAACAUUAAAAAAACAUUUCAGGCGUAUUCAAAAUAACGAUAUAUCAAUUCGAAUGCGGUUCUCAAAUUGUGUAACUAAAUUAACCAUUUCGUGUAAAAAGAUAUAAGUAAGUUAUUGGUAAGAAUUGAGGUAUUAUUUUAUAUGAUAAAAAAUCAUGUAUAUUCAUUUAUUUAAAUCAAAGAAAAACAAAGAAAAAUAUGAAUUAUUUUUUGUAACUAAAUUAUAAAUAUUAUCUAUAAUUGACACUAAAGGAAAAUGUACAAAAAAUAAUAAAAUCUGAACGUUUGAAAAGUUAAAAUCAAAAUUUUUAUAAUUUCCGAAAACUAAUUGGCACAAACAAUCCGUUUAUUUGUUGAUAUUUUUUUUUAACAAUAAACCUUCCGUUUUUUAUGUUUACUAUGGAUACUUAUAGUUUUAAACAAUUAACAAAAAAGAGAGAAACACAACUCAAUCUACACCCUUCGGACAAGUGUAUGUAGUUAUAUCAUGCCUUCAAAAUUUUAACGACAAUGUAACUGAAAUUGUGAUAUUAAAAAUAUAGCUUCUCUCGCCGGUGAAAGCUUAGCCAGUUUUUGGAACCGGUUGUGGAAUUGAAUCGGGUUAUCUAGCCGUUGUCACCCGUCGACGCGUGGUUCCUAGUAGCUUUACGGAAAAUCAACCUUCAUAUAUCCGCAACGAACGAUUUCGAUGUUUCGUAUAGGUCAUGCCGCUUUGUGGGAAUAACCCUGUACGAACCAUCGGAAGCGUGCGUCGUUCAAAUGCAGUGCUGUGAUCGUGAGAAAUUGAUUAACAAAACUAAUGACGGGUGACCAGGGUUGCCAACUUUUCAUUCUGGAACGGUUUUUGACAAACGGAAGGCUACGAUCACCAGGUGCUGAGGAGAGUAGUAAAAAUUAAGGAUAAUCAAACUUUUGGUAUCGCACUUACACGGAAAGGAAGUAACAAAAUUAGUCGACUAUCCGUCGAAACCAUUCACAAACUUUUGGAUAUUUUUAGGCGCGUGAUAUAUUUAAUCAAACGAAAAAAAAGAAUUAACCAAACAACUAAACUAAGAAACAACCAAUCAACAUUUUUGGGCGAUUGACAUGCUAAAUUUACCGACUUUUUGGUGACUACAGUACAGAAACGAAACAACCGGACUCGAGACUUCUUUUGGAAUGAAAAAAAGGCAUUCUUCCGUUGAUUAUGUGUAUGUUUGAAAUGUUUAUUUUGACGUUGAAUUCGGUGAUUUUCGUCGAAGUUUUCCAUGGAGUUUCGGACUCGGAAGUCUGCGGAUUUCCCUGCUUGGUACCCGUUAAGGGUUGCUUCCAGUGAAAGCAGUGGCCCAGCGCUUCGUGUUCCAGCAAACUGUCAUGAACUCACACAUACACAGAACAAACAUAAUACAGCAUAAAUGAAAAUAGAUAAGGCAUUAGUUCAUAAGCAACUCUCAAACAUACAGCAGAUACAAUAUAAAUGGUAGUGUUACAUUAUAUUUAAUUAUUCAAACCAAAAUACAACUUACUCUUAUAAUCAGUGUGUUUUAACCAAUAGCAUUGCAAGCAAACAAACAAACAAUAGCCUAUUCACAUCAAAAUAAUAACCAACCAACCAUGUGACAAAUGACAGAUUUACAGUUGUAUCACGAAUACUAACGCUGGCACUCGAAGGAGCGCUUGCUAGAAUGCUGGGCCACAGUCUUUGGAUUCCGGGAAUUAUGAGACAGUAGGAAAAAAAAAGAAUAAAGGAAACGAUAAGUCCCUCAUCCAGUGGAUUUCUAUUCCAAGCGAUUAGAAUCCUUGAGAUCUCUUGGGGACGAUGUGACUUUGGCAUUUCGAAGCAUAACUUCGUCACUAUUUCUCGUAACUACAUAAAUCAACUGCAUCACGUCGCUUUGGCCGUCAUAGGAGUGCCUUCCGGUGUGUGAGGCUUUUUGCCAAAAAAAACCGCGCCUCCCAUGACUACCGAAGACGGAAGUUGUGGAAUUCUGUGGUUUUGCGCGAUUUUCAUCACGGUCCAUAACUUACGAUCCCACUCGACAACAUUCGACGUUUGGUAGUCGCUGAACGUAAUCUUUUAACAUCUGAAGUGCGAAUAUGGUGGGGGCGUGACAGCAGACGAUCGUGAACUUGAAGGCGGCGAACACAUUGUCCCACGAAACGCUCUCGCUGCUGGUUCUUCGAAGCCGCUGAAUGACUUGGUGGACUUGACUGUUUCGCCCGGCAAAUAAAUCGAGAUCUUCCGCGAAACGAGUGCGCCCGAUUCCGGACCAUCUUCGAUAACGAUUCCCGGUUUUCCGAUUCUUUCCCGGACACCCUCCAACGUUUAGAACAAAUCCAAGACGACUGUGAAAACUCUUUGACAACUUCUGGAAAUUACCGAAGUUUUAACAAUUUCUACCAAUAAAUUUCAAACAUACUUUUGUUUUUCUUAUUCAUAAUAUUUUUAUUCAAAUUAAUUAUAAGUUUUAUCUCCAUGAAUUUCUAUCAAUUGGCGUGUGAGUGUUUUUCUGAAAUCCAAUCGGCAAAAUAGAAAGGUAAGUUUCAAACAAAAUUCUAGCCUAUCCCUGCUAAACAAAAAAAAAAGGUUUUCAUCGAGAAAUUCUCGGAGCAGUUUUAUUCUCUACCCCAUUGGCAAACAACUUGAUGCUAUUUUAAACUUAUUUAUUUUUUGUACAACCCUAGGUAAAACCAAAACCAACAUCAGUUCUAGCGGGGCCACGCAUCGAAUAACGCUUAGCACAUAUAUCAAACGCUUGCGCGCAAACGCUUCGACGAAUGCAUUAUGCUAUCGACAUACAUACCUUCAGGCGUUUCAAACCGUUAGCACAGUAACUCUUACAAAGAGACAAAAUAUCAACUCGAAUCGAUUCGGUUUAAAAAUCUACCUUGCAAUAGUUCAAAACACUGAUGCAGCGUUUGCGUGUGCUCGGUUUGCUGUUAUUCGCCCCCCAAGAACUUGUAUAUAAUAACUAGGAUUUUUCUCAUCCAAAUUGUAGUGAUUUCUCUUUUAGGCACUGCGAAAUUUUUAAACAUUUGUUGUAGAAUCGCUUAGACAACACCUAAAUAAGUUGCAUUCAAACAAAAUUCUGAUAUGCAUAUGAUUUGCAUAUGUACCUUACACAUCCUUACUCGAGUGCAAUUAGGGCCGCCUUAAAGGCGGGGCGUGAAAAAAAGGCAAAAAUAACAACGCAACACCCCACGCGAUAUGAUUUCGUAACUUUUAUUGAACGUUGUGUGUGAGAGGAUUAAUUUAAACAUAGUUUUAACUUGAAAAAAAAAAACUAUUCGAAACUGGAAAAAAAACCCAAUUGACAUAAUCUGAAGUAAGGUUAAAAAAUAACAAAAGAAGCACCCGCAACGUACACAAGAAAAAAUGACAGACACUAAAUAAUUUACAGAAGGAAUCAUACAAGAUUAAAUUCAUUUUUGAAAGGGCUACCGCCUUUAUCGGGUACAUUUCUCAAUUAUGAACUCCAACGGAAAGCCUUCGCUGGGAUUGAUUUAAUUAUUUUAACCAGAACAAUAGAAUGGUUGAAAUAUUUGUUUCCCUAAAACUGAUCAGAAUAGUUUUUUUGCACUAACAAAGUGUUGCCAAUUAUUUACAGAUGUGAUUACAUUCCGGAACACAAAACUCUCCAAACCUGACAGCCUCGGAGCUGAAUUGGAGAGGGAAAAAUUCCUUGCAACUUCCAUCCAAGCAGCCCGGAUAUGGUAGCAUUCAGUUUGAAUGUGUCAUCCUGAUUUGAAAAGUUAAAAAGGGUGUUCCACCUCAACCGAUUUUUAUAAACAACUCAAUCUCACCCAAGACUUGGUGCGAGUUUCAUAAUGGGAAUAUGGUCUCGAAAUUUUGGCCAAGCUUUUAACUUAGUUUCUAAAGGUAUUAAUAAGAGAGAACUCGAUAUCUAAAAUAUAAGUUUCGAUAAAAUCAACCAAUGGCAAUACAGUUUACAGUACCCGAGUUUAGGAAAGUUCGGAUUUAAGGAAAAAACCAAAUCCAACCUAUUGCACGGUGAUCACAUGAGAACAAUUACCACUAAAAAUAGGCGCAAACGUAUCUGGUGCAACAAGCAUUCCAAAAUAAAAGCACUAUUCGGAAACGGGAGCAAAGCGGCGAACAAGGAGUAGAAACAUACGAAUAAUACCUUAGAGAAUCGGUUGAACAUUUUUGACAUCGUUUGGUGUUAUCUUUGGAUAGUAAAACGCAUUUGGCAGCAAUAUAACUCGUUCGAAAACUGUUGACAAAGUAAGGAAUAAGUAAGUACCAUUUCCGGAUUCUUUGAUUUUAUACUUUUGCAAAAGAAAAAUGUGUUUGUCAGGAUAUGAAUACCAGUUACAAUACCAACAACUAUACAAUAGAACUAGAACAACCAACCAUAGACAGAAAACAGGAAUAACAACAACCAUACAGGAUACAAUCAUCGAUACCAAUAGAACGGCGUCGUGGCCAAAAGCCAGCCACGUCAUCAGAUUCAACAAAUCCGAACUAGUCACAUACACACACCGAAAUAGAAAAACUUCAAAUAACGAACUCAGGGAAUAAUGAUGCAACCAUUCGAUACUUUCAUAUACUCCUCAGAGGUACUAUUUUGUCUUUAUUUUUGACAGAUUGUAAUAGAAAAUAAUAAUAAUCCUUAAUUAUCGAUAAACGAAUUCAAAUUCACAUAACAAAUAGCCGAAGUAAAAAAAAAACAAACCAUAUAUAAUCAGUGCAUGUAUUAACAGUAAAUCAAGCAAUUCCAAAAAAAAGUCAUUGUAUAAUAACAAGCUAACUUCCCCCUAAUCGCCAAUUCUACACUAUUGAUAGAGAUGCAAAAACCAACCCCGGAAACGGUUACGGUCGUUGAAAAGACAAUAAUAUCCCACUCACGGAUCGACACUUUACGGAUCCCAACGACGAAGUAAGAAAAUUUCAUGAUGCUCAUCACCACAGCAAAUAAAUAAAUGAAAACUUUUUUCUAACUUUCUACCAGCGCAGAAGCGAACACGAUCUCUUUAAAGUGAAGAACAAAAAAAAAGUACAGCAUUUAAAUGCUGAGAGUUCUGCAAAAUAAAAACGAGAAAUAACCCCAAUUUCAAACAGCUUAAUUGGAAAUUGCAGAACUAACCAAGAAAACAUCCACAAAAACACAGAAAGUUGGAAAAGUGGAAGAAACAUUUUUUUUUCUUAUAGGUUUCUUAUGAUUUGUAAUUAAACGAACUAAAAAUUGAAAGCAAAAAAGCUGAUUACAUAUAAUGCAAGCAGAAGAUACAAUGAGAUAGAACCAAAUUUAAAUCAACACCAUUGGAUGGAACCUGCUUGAUAAUUUAAACAAGUGAAUAUGGAAAAAAUAAGUAUCAACAUGAAAAUACCCAAAAUCAAAAAACGAAAUUUCGAAAUUCUAUCAGAGCCCAAAUUAAUCCAUUGGAAAACAAUUGGCUCAACGUCUGUGAGCCAAACAGGCAAACGGACAACGGAGAAAGUAAAUUAUUGUGGAGCAAAACCUUAAAUUGGAGAGAGAAAGAUUGGAGAAAUUAGCGUCAAGAAAUAUCAGAGAAUCAUGUAUAUACGAUACAAAAAUAAAACAAAUGAAAUGGGAAUCCACCAGAAACAACAACAACUCUAAAUUUAAUAAUGCGGAUGAAAAAUUAACAACGCCUUGGUUAUAAACCGUUUGGCCGUGUGCAAUUGAGACGACGUUUAUCCAAAUUUUUAAUCCCUUUUGUUCUAUUGGCAAAGUUUAACUAAAUUCAAAAACAAAACUUCAAAUUGGGCAAUAUUGUUUGGAAUGCUAUCUUUCAAAUGGAUUGAAAUAUUAUAAUGAAGAAAAAAAAUAAAAAAAACACAAAAAAAAUCUGUAUAAAUUUUUCAAUGCAUUAUUCUACCUUGAUUAUUCGAUAUAUUGAUUAUUUGAAUUGAUUGAAUUCUCAUUUAUUCGUUCUAAUAUGUAAGUAAAUGCAAAAAAUUUAACAACCAUAAAAAUUGUAAUAUUAAAAAAAAUCUCCGUGACCCGGCAACGGGCGGACACUGAACUGAACUGUCACAACGUGCAAACCAGUGCAGUGCGCAGUUCGGCCGCGUAGUUGCGCACAUCGUACGCAAUCUGACCCACCCAUUUCCGAUGAUGAGAGCCUCCCCAUCCCAAAGUUGUCGAAUGGCUCCCAAACAAAUAAAGGAAAUAAUGCUGGUAACGAUGGCAAACAAUAUAAUCGACCCUAUUAGAGUUUUCCUUUAAAAAAAAAAACAACCAUAGCGCGACCUCCGGCCGAAUGGGCGUGGCCAAAUGGGGCAAGUUCGCUGCGUUCACUUUCAGCAAUCGCUAUUUUCCCGAUUUAAAAAGAAAAAAGAUCCUACAAAAGCCUGUCCGUCAAUGGACAACUGCAAGAAGACCUAGCGAUGUGUCCGUCCUUGGUGGGUUCACAGCCAUACAAUUCACAUACUUACACAUUUAAUGCAGAAAAAAAGAUUUAACAUUUAAAAUACCAUUUCAAGUUAUAACGAAAAAGAAAAUCUGAUCACAAAAUUUAACACAAAGAGCAAACAACAAAUUCCAAAAUAAGCAAGUUUCGGAACACCCGCUUCGCUGGAUUCAAUCCCGUGAUAGGGUGGUGCCGAAGCUGGAAUGUAUUUAUUUCAAAUGGAAGAAAAAUCUAAACCACGCAAAUCUUAAUGGAUCACAAUUAGCGAGAAAAAAUAACACGAAGAAAAUCGUUUGGCUAAUCACUUUUCAAACAGUCUGGCUAAUGAAGAACAAAAACUAACCAUCUAGACAAAAAAACGGAGCUUUCGAUUCCAUCAAAAAAGAAAAUGACCAGAAAAGAUCCAAACAGCAAAAUAAAAAAAAAAAUACCGAAACAUUUGAGCAAAAUCAACCUUCUUCUCAGUUAUCGAACAGGAUAAACCGGAUAAAUGUGUAACAUCUGAACUUGAUUUCGAGUCGUGCUUUAGUUUUACACAUUAAACACAUAAUAAAUAAACUACUAAAUUCAGGAGCAAAACAAGGAAACCAAAAAAAAAUCUAAUUUGGAGUAAUUUCCUUUUCGCCUCCUAGCCCAGCAAAAGAGACGAAAAACUCCACAAGGAAAUUGUUCACUUUCGGCCAACGUUUGUCACCUUGAGUUUUCUGAAUCGCUAUUGUUCACCAGUUUUUAAACAGAACCAGAACCAAUUUAGUUGAAUCAACAAUAGAAUUUUAUACAGAUUGCUGAGCAGAUUUAUGGCGGUGUUGAAUUCCUUGCGAUGUUUGGAGGCAAAUUUCGAAAUUUACCACAAAAAAAAUCACACUUUCCCGGCUCUAAUGUGCGUUUUUGAACGACUCCUCUUAGCAUUCAAAGCGAAAAUUACAAUAAAUUGAACACAACAUUGGCUGAUACAGUUUGGCCUAGCGAGGAACGCAUCGGUAAAUUUGCUCAGAAUAUAUAAAAUGCACUGGAAUGAUUUUUCAUUGUUAAACGAAUAGCAAUUAUUGAUUUCCAAUUGAGUAACCAUCCUUAGUUUUAGCCAGAAACAUGAAUAUAUCAUAUAUAAGAGAAAAAAAAAACAAAAACAGUAACGCAUUACAUAUUUCGGAAGUAACCAAAUAUUUCUAGAAUGCUCUCGAAUAUCAAAAACUAACAACACUUAGCAUUCAAGUAAUGCUAGUUUGAAAAUAAUAUCUGAAAUUUUAACAGGAGAAAACCCUCACAUAGUUGACCAGAACAACAUCUCUGAUCAACGAUUUAUCAGCGAUUAAACAGCAACUAUAACAACCAUCAAAUCUAAUCACGGAAGGAGUGAAGUAUACCUACAUCCCCAGGUCAGGAACGACGCUUGCAACAUCUGGAAAAGGAAAACAAUCCAAUCGAAACAAAUUUUCACUUCUAUUUUUUGCAAUAGUAAAAAAUAUAUUCUCAUUCAUCUGACGGCAUCCCUCAGCCGCAGCUCUGGAUGGAAAUAUAUUGAACAAAGUUUUUAGUUUGCAAUAGAAACCGGAAAAUUACGAUCAAGCCAGCCGGCCAGCUGGAAUUGGUGCGGUUCGUGCGUCGAGAUCUCUCAAUAGAAUAGACCGUCGAACGAAUCGCCAACCAGAUCCUGGUCGAACGGAUUUGGCCGUAUGUUAUCAUACGACAACAAUACCAAAUGACAAUUUUAUUUCUCAUAAUUUUUCACUCAAACCAACAGCAACAACAACAGCAACAGUAAAAAUAACCUGCAAACAGCAUCAAUUCAAACAAUAAACAAAGCAAAUCCAUUGGCGCCCACCAUCUUGUCCAAUGUGAAACAAAAACGACCAUCAGAUUUGAAUAGAUUCAAAACCCACAACAUCGGAAUGUGAACGAAUUCAACUAAUGAUGAAGAAAGUUUUUAAAGUUUUUCCAUUUAAUUUGCAAUAGACAUAAAUAAACCAAACGGAGUGAUAUGGCUGGCCAGUCUGGUUUUAACAGGGGCAGCGGAUCCCGAACUUUGGAGGCACUUGUCCCGAACUGGUGACAGAUUCCCUAAGGUCGUAAAAUUCUUUCCUUCCUAACACCGAGUCACGAUCGGGUUACCAGAAGCUGAUCAAAAACAUUGACACCUUACGGAUGUAGCUAUGUAAAUACACGUUGAGAUUUUUGGUCCCGAUCCCGAGAGAAACUCGAAGUCUCUCGGAAAUCUUCUGUCCCACACUGUGGAACCGAGAAGCAGUCCGGCAAUAUCACUCUCUGCCAUGAACUAACACAGACAAAGCAAAAACUGAAAUAAACCGGAAUAAUUUAAAGUACAACACAACCAUUUUUUAAUAAUAAUAUAUUAAAAAACCAACAGAAGCAACAAUAGUAAUUAAUGAAACAAGAUGAUAUAUUUAUAUUUUUAUACAAAUCUUAUUACAGGCAAAAUCAUGCAACCAAAUACAAAAGCAACGUAUUUAAGAUAAAAAAAAACAAACAAAACCGAUUAAUUCCAGCAACUUCGGAAACAACACCGACCCGAAGAGCGGAAUUUUUCUCUUAGCGUACGAAGCGUACGAAAUCGAAACGCAAGAGACGCUAGAGAGAGAACAGAGAAUGAUUGAGCAAAGAACAAACACACACACAGAUAUAUAGUCGUUUAAAAACCAAAAACAAAUACUUAAAAGCAGUAAAUUUUACCGUUAAGCAUCCUUAUUUGAAACCGUUUUCUUUUCCAAAAUAAAAAACAUACCAAAGCAAGAAACAACCAUAAUGAAAAAAAUAGAAAUAUGCGCGAACACUGACGACGAUUCAACAAAUUGCGCUUAUCGCACUCAGCCAAGAUAAGCAACCAAAAAAAUAAGCAAAACCGAAAACAAUGCAAAAAAAGGCAACAAAACGUAAUUCCACACAUCUUAAGAGAGAAAAAAAAAACACAAGAGGAAACACUCAGCAGACUGUUAAAAAUGUGAUCAGAUAUAUAUUAUAUAUACUAAUAAAAUAAUACAUUAGGAAAAAGGUAUAUUUAAUGAGAUAUAAAACAUUAAAAUACUGACAUUAUAGGACAGCUACUUGAAAAUAAAAAAAGAGUAUGAGAGAAAGUGAGAAAGAGCGAGUAACUGAAAGAGAGAGAGAAGCUUCGCUGGAAAGUAGAGCAAGCGAACGAAAGGGAAAAAACAAGAGAGUAAAACAUACUUGAUCGUUUUCAUUGAGGUGACCCUUUAUCCGUAAAGCGAGAAACUGAAUGAACAACAAACAUAAAUAUAUAUUUUACUUUUUCUUGUUCUUCUUUUUUACAAAUAUUUGCGAAUAUUCGCUGUUUAAUAUUGAAAUUUUAUAUACAAAAUGUUUUUAUAUAUACACCAAAUUACAGAAGCAUAAGCAGAAACAAGAAAACCAAACAAAGUGAAAGCUCUAUGUGAACGAUAGGACACUAAGAACUCAUUAAAAGCAAAUAUUUAUACAAAGCGAAAACAAACAAACAAACAAAAAAAGAGUAAAUAAGAGAGUACACAAACAAAAGUAUAAAAACAACAUACAAAAAACAAACGUCAACCGAGACAAUUAUCUAUUUAUACAACAAACUAUAUAAGUUUACACUUACACACACAGUCAAUAGAGCAAUAGAAUAACAUUGUUAACCAAUACGGAAAGUUUGUAUAAGAGGAUCGGUUAUCGAAGUUUUUGGGAUUCAUUUUUUUUUUAAUUUUCAAUUGAAAGUAAAAAAAUAAAUUAAAUCUCACAAUUGAAGAUUGCCGGUUUCGAAUACCAAAUUUCUCUAUUGAACUGAUAAAAAAAAACAAUAACAAUAACCGGAUUCAGUUUAUUAUCGAACCAGUUCAGUUGAAAUAGACCACGUGAGGGUGUCUGUGAGGUCCAGCCGGCUUUUGCGAUAACGUUCAGAACCCCGUCGAUGAGGGUUUUCGUCGAGUAACGGUCUCCCAUGUAGCGGCGUUUUCGAGAUGAUGUUGGAGCACUUUUUUCCGGCCCUUACCGGGUACGGCCACCGUGAUACCCUCGCGGUGGCCGUACAGUUUUUGAAAAACGAAUCUUCCGAAGAAAAAUUUAGGCCUUACGGGAAAAAUUUGAACCCAUUGGGUAGGAUUAUAUCUAAAUUGAAAAUUGAUUUCAACAGAGCAACACCUCCCUGUGUAUCUGGUCUGCUCUGAACCUUGAGCAGCAGUGAUUGCAUCUUCAUUUUGAUGAGCGUAAGUUACGGCAAACCCGAAGCAAUCGACCAUGUGCGCGCUCGGCUUAUUUCCGUGUCGAUGGGUGUGACUAGUGAUAGAGAAACAAAAGAAAGCAAUAGUGGGAAAGAUCAUACGCGGAAAGAUCAUGGUAUGCUUUGAUGAAAGGUUCAGCAGGCAUCGGCGGAGCUCGACGUGAACGCUCAUGUCGGUCGAUUACAGUAUGUUUAGUGUGGUGGAAUUGGCUAACGCGCCGUUGUACUGAAGCGGAAACUGCGGGUUCGAGUCGAGUCCCGUCGGUGAGUCUUUAUUUUUUUUUCGAAAAAUUCAUGAUAUUUACGGCUUAUGUUCUUUCUUUCUAUGAUAUCUCAUGUUUCUCUAAUACUUUUCAUCACUGCUACCGAACUUAUGAGAUGCUUCGGUCAGUUUUCGAGAAAAAAUGCACAAAAACCGACUGUGCGUUUGUACUUUUAGGUAAAUUUAGAAUUUUAAAAACGAUUUGUAAUCGAAUAAACAAAUAUUUUUGAAUGAAGAACAAAGCAACAGUAACAUUGGAUGAACAUAAUACCGUUGAAAACAAAAGAAAAAAGUGUUAUUAAAACCGUUCGUGGCAAAUAAUCAAAAUCUGCUUUCUUUCUUGUUGAGAUUUGGUAGUAUAUCAAAAAUUUCUGAAAACACACACUCAUGUUCAAAUUUUUCCUAAGACUAUUUAACUGCCCACAUCCUUGGUAGUUUGUAGUUCAAAAUUAUGCAAAUAAACAUCGUUCAAAUCAUUGGUGGCCUAUGCAAAAAAGCGCUGCCCGCAACAUCGGGCGAGACACUUUGACAACCCAAACGUCGACAUCGUUAUGAAUGUAAACCAGCAAACCUCCUAGAUCUUUACAGCCGAACCAUCACGACCAGGAAUUUUAUCUUAUGAGUUUACAGCAGUCGAGUGCAGCGAUCAACAUCAGGCAAAGUUGAUCGCAGCAAUGUUUUAUCGAAUUAAAAAAAAAUUAAUGUGCAUAGAACAUUGAACCACAAAUUGUCAUGGCAUGUGAUCGAUAACUAAACCCACAUAGAAUAGUGUGAUGCGGGAUCUUCAAACAGGUUCCGAUCAAAUCAAACAACUUGUAUUACAAACAAAUUUUUAAGUUGCAAUUAUCAACUACAACGUUUAUUUCGUUUAUCGGGAAACAAGCAAAAAAUGAACCAAAACAAAAUGGCGUCAUUCUCGUCAUCCGAAGACGCCGGUGGAAAUCAUUGACAGGAGUUGUUCCUAGAGUAGCCAAACACCAUCAGUGAAGAGCGGUCGAACAACAUCAGCUCUUGGAGAACUUGGCGCGAGUGUCCUGGAACACCUCUGACAAUCUCGCGAAACAGAAGCUAGGAAACCAACAACUAGAGGAAAAAAGCAUUUCUUGUCUCUGCAACCAAGGUAAUAUUGGUGUUUUUCGAACGAAUUCUACCAAACAAGUCAGGUGUAAUCGCACCGAGCAGCUGAACACAACAGAGAAGUUUAUCGUGCAAAAUAGAAAACAACGGAGUUCAUAUGCUAACAACAGAAGCUGAUCAACAACACAGCUGGCAUAGCUUCGGAAACGAUUACACAUCCAUUUUGACUAAGACCACUGGUAGAUUCGGAGAUAAUUCAGCAAUCGAUGCUGCGAUUGAAAAAAAAAGAUGUAAAAGAACGAUAAAAUUGAAUAUUCGGCGAUAUUCUGCUCGAUGACGGCGCAAAACGGUUUUCGAUGAUUUGACUUUCAAAAUAAAAUUCGAAAAUUACGACAUUCAUAAGGAUUCUGAACGAAAUUUCUAUCCAUUAUUUGUUCAUCAAUUUUUUUUUCGUAUUCUGAAUUCUUCAGCUGAAUUUAAUUUUGAAUUAGGAUUCUGAGUUCGAAUCGUUUUUUCCGAUACCUGAUUCUGUAAUCUUAUUCUUAAAAGAAUUCAUAAUCACUCUAAUAUAGGGUUGCCAGAAUUUUUUUCAGCAUAUAUCCGGGCCAGACAAAUCCGGACUAUUUUAUCUAAAACCCUAGCAAAAUCCGGGCAUUUGAUUUCAAAAUUGUCGACCGAAAUCCGGGUAAAAUUCAGGCAAACUUGGUCAAAAUGCAGCAGUAACUCAGCAAAAAAUGCUUGAAAAAAGGCUUUUUCCAUCAAAACUUAUCAGCAGAUUUUAAAUCGUAUUUUAGGCUUCCAAAAUUCUUUUCAUGAUUAUUUUUAUAAAAUUCGAGAAAAAAAUGCAAAAAUUUUGUUUAAUUUGGCAAAUAAAGUGAACAAAUCCGUGCAAAAUCCGGUCUUUUUCAAUGAAAUCCUGGCACUAGGGCCGGACUUUUUCCAAACUUUGUAUUGAAUAUCCGGGCAAACGUGGAUAAAAUCGGGCAACCUGGCAACCUUACUCUAAUAUGUUUUGUGAGCCUACUUGGUAGAAUAAUUCUGCUGAAUCAAAGCAAUCGAAAGAUUCCCGUGCUUGAAUUAAAGAUUAUCUUUCGAUUGCUUUGAUUCAAUUUAUAAUCAUUUGUUAAGGAUUAUCGUGUUUUAAAAAUGGAAUAUUCAUUUGGACUUUUGAUUUUUGGUUUGUAUAAAAAAAAAGAAUUGAUUUCGAAAAUUUCAAUGUUUAUCUAAAACUGAUUCUGGUUUUUUCUUCAAAGAAAACAUUUUCGCCGUUAUCGAGCCGCAAAGGAUUUUUUGUUCAAUAAACAUACACACAAAUCGCAAAACCGUUUGGAUGUCGUUACUUUAUUCGUAUCAUAUGACGCAGACUAACACGUUUAUGGUUUUAACGAGCAUCCUCUGGAGGAAGGUACUCCAAGUUCUUCUCAACAUUCGAGUCUUCAAUUUUUGAAGAGGAAGAAAGGAAAAACUAGGAGUGUGUUCUUGAAAGAGGACGUUUUGUUUUAGUUUGUGCCUUCAUAGGGCAACAGACAGCUUUCGUUCAUAAUUAAAUGUGUACCACAGAAAAAAAACCGAGCAAAACCAAAAAAAAUCGAAUAAAUCAACAGGAUUAGCAAAAGUACUGCAAAGCUAAACAAAGCACAGCUAGCCAAUAGAGAAACGAUUUCAAAUCAAUAAUAAUUUCAACAAUAGUGCCAGAAAACUUUUAAAUAUUACAAUUUCAACAAUACAAUCCUAUUUUCGAUUGCAAUAACGUGAAAAAGAUGUGUUUUAGUGAAACACAUAAACUAACUGAAAAACACGGAAAGGAAUCAAAGGUGAAACAAAACGAAACCAAUACCAUGCAAACCUUUCCAACUAGUCAUAAACGCAGCAGGCAUGUGGAGAAAUGCUCCACUGCACUGCAAACUGGAACAAAUCAAAUUUAGUGUAACACAAGUAAAAGUAAAAUAAAUAAAUCUACAGCAAAGCGUGAGUGGGAAACACGAGUAAAUAAACCUUUCAGUGUUAAUGAUAUCAGUUUAUAGGUAAUAGGAUUUAGCGAUUGAAAGGUAGGACGCCUAGGUGGAAUGAGAUUGUUUUUAUCUACCGGGAUAUCACAUCCACCUAGCGAUGAGAGAGUCCUGAAGAAAUAUAACCGAAACUAAUAACAUCGUAACCCGAUCUAACCAUAAUCACGACAUAAGCAUCAUGGGAUUUUCGACUUCUAAUUUUUUUUCAACGAUUGUACCUCCCGGGGAACUCAAACACCGUCAAACAAAACCAAAACGUUGUAAACCAAAAAUGUAAAGGAUUUUGCAAUCCACAGCUGGAAAUAGAACAUCACCAAGCGAUAGACAUUAUUGUACAGAGAUCGAUGAUAUUCCAGUUUCACGUGUAACGAAGGUGAGCCACGAUACAAAUAAGAAGAAGCACAGUACCUUAAACAAGGUCUGCUAACUGUAGAGUGGAGUGUUUAAGGUGAGAGCAUGUUCCAAAAUAUUACAUAAUUGGAGAACAACAGUUUUCAGUAAUUUUUGUAUAAUAUCGCCCGAUUAAACCAACUCACUAACACACAACACAAACACUUGUAUUACGAAGAAGAAGAAAAAACAAUAGCAAAUAAUAUUAAAAACAAAAGAAAAACAAUUGUCACAGCCACAGAGCAGGCGGGGGCACUCGUCCAUUAACCGUUAGCUCGAGCCAUUACGAAAACCUUCGAUACCGCAAUCGGUGUUCGUCGUUUCUCUCGGCAUGAGUGCGUCGAUCGGCUGAUCUUCGGGAUUCAUCCCUCGAAUUCAUCCGACGAGGUGCGAGGCUGUAACAACAAACGCGGGCCGAUAUGUUGGUAAUCGAAUUGGUGCAUGUUCGUGGAACAAUGGCAAUUCGCAGCGACGGUUACGCGUGAGUGCGGGUGCCCGUUGCGCUCUAUCUGCGGUCGGCGAUCACGCUCAUGUCGAGCUACGUUCGAUUCGCGAUCCGUACCACUUAGCAGGAGUAUUAAUUGGAAUAAUCAAGAAAACCAACCAAUCAGAGAACCAUACAAUACAAUGUAUAUGAAUUUAUCGAAUGGAAGUAGACAUUUUCUCGCCACUACAGCAAAACCGGAUCCAAUUGAUGGAGCUUGGUAUAGUGGGAGGAACAGAUGUUUCGGUUGGUUCCGGGGCACCAACAAUCGAGCUACCGAACAUCGAUUCCGAGCACCUGCCCUGCUCUGGAAGGGCGAUCCGGAACAAUAGCAUUAAGCCGAGAACACAAUCUCGGCAUCAAUGGUUUAAAGCCAAAUAAAACCACCGUCACUGUUUCAAAGAAUCAAUAGAAUUCAAAACAAGGCGAUUAUAAUUUCCUAACGCCAAAAUGAAAAAAAAAAACAGGAACGAUAUCAAGAGUGAAAGGAAGCUAGAAAGCGAACCAAGCGAUACGAUAGAAUGGAAGGCUUACAAAAAACAGCACCCGAAGCUAGUCAAAGCCAACUCAACGCAUCCAGCAGAGAAGCUUUUGUAUAAAACUUUUAGAAACCAACCAGAAGAAUGGAUAGUGAUCCAGUUCGCUGGAGCUUAUUUGCAAAUGCCGCAAACAGUUAGGACAUCAGUGGUUUAAGCAUUACAGUUAAGUUCUUUUACUCCAACAAAUAUGUUCAACGAAGAAAAAAUCUCGGAAACAAAUUUAAGCAAAAGGGGGAAAAUAACGUUUUGACAUUCAAGGACACUAAAAAAGGGUUAACUAUAUCGAUACGAAGCACAUGUGAAAUAUUCUACUGAUUUAAUGUGUUGAAGUUGCGUACGAUAGUUUCAAUAUUUUAUCUACUUUUUCGUGGAAUCUAAAAUCUACCUCAAGUUAUAUAUUUCAAAUGUAAAACACGGAAGAAACAAAAUUAUGCGAAAAAUCAUAUUCUUCGACAUGGAUGUUCAUUUUAUGUUUUCACUAUGAAUAUAUAAGUUCAACGAUAGAAGAUGAAAAACCUUCAGUACUCCAUAACCCUUAAGUUAAAAAAUAUGUCAUAAGUUUUAACCUUUGUUAAAAAGUCACUUUCUAUGCAGCGGCAGCUGGAAGUAAACAGCAUUCACAGGCAUGUAAAGUUUAAAAAUGUGAAAAAAACAUACACACACAAAUGCAAGCUCAAAAACGAUCGACCCAACCAGUCAGUAUUAAAAACAUCAGACUCCAACACUUUCUCCGAUAGCAGUGUUGUGUGGACAAGCGAUUUAAUUUACGUGGGCAAUUACACAUGAUCAGAAUAGAAAUAUUGAAACACACAUCAACUUAGAGAUAAAAACGUUAGCAAAAGAUUAAUUCAUUUCUAAAACAAUAUUUCCAACCACUGAAAUGGGUCGAUCGUGUUUUUUUCCUUAUCAAUAAAUGCAGAUUAACCUCCUCGGGGGCUCCGAAAAGUGCCUCCGGGGGAAGGUCAGAAAAUGUACCAUUAUUUUAAGUUCCCACUCAUACAAAAACAAACGAAACAAACAAUAGCACACUGUUACGUGAGUCAUCUCUACGGCUCACAUUUUUUACUGAUUUUCAAUUGAACGAAAGAAAAACAAAGGAUAAGAGAAUUAUGUUACCGAAACAUCCAUAACUAGGUCACAAAGCCAUAGAUCAAGAAAAGAGACUGUUUCGGUUUUUACUUAAAUGAAGUGAAUCGUUGUUUAUUUGAUAAAAACACACAUACAUUUGGUGACCGUUCAGUCAAUUUGACUCGCGAAAGUCGAGAGCUCACCGAUUAACUGAUUUUCGAACGUUCAACUUACGUAUCUAUUGUUUCCCGAUUCAGUUGAUGAUUUUUCGCUAGCCGUAGGUCAUGACUAAAGAUGACAUAUUUACUGAUAGUGAUUAGUCUUAAAGAAAAUAUGAUAGGAUUAAAAUCGAAGAGAAAACUACUCUGGGUAGAGUGAAGGGUAAGCAAAACCAACCUCGAAAGGCAGAUCAUUCUAACAUCGCCCAAUGAUUGUAGAGCAAGCAAACCAGGUGAUCGAAGCUGGAUCGGAGCUGAAUGUUUUCGAUUUUUCUUAUAAAGACUUAUUUCAACAGCCCGUUUUCGUACGCAACGCGAAGAAACGAAGACAAAAACGAAAUGAUCACCACCGUCAAAAAUUUGUUCAGCACUGCCAUCUGCUGGAAGCCGGUAACAUUCAUCUUCGCUUCCACCUUACAUCACCAGUUGAUGACAUUCGAAUAACACCAGUGCGAUCACCCGGUUUGUUUGCAUGUUGGUGAGAACAGUUUUUUGGUUUUCUAGUUAAAACACCAAACAUCAGUAAAAAGCUGAUUCAAACAAAAUAAUCCGGAAAUACUAAAUCACAAAGAUUUUUAUCAAUACUGUUACCGAUAACAACAUUUAUGUUUAAUUGCGUUUACAAAACAGUGAUACGGAUCAAAAUCAACUCUAUCGAACAACUAGAAAAAUUCCUACCAACAAAAGCGGAAAAGAUCCAAACAAAGCAACUAAGGCUGGUGAGAGUAUAAGUGCUCAAAUUUUUGAUUGCAUUAUUAUUUUGGUCGAACCAAUGACACUUUUUUGGAUGAUCCUCUUGAUAUUCCAACCUUGGGCUCAUCCUUAAACGGUGUACCAUUGGCGGCGUAGACCAUCUUAUCAAACAUAAUCAACGAAAACAAUAUCAGACAGCAGAAACACUUUCGGUCAUAUUUUGGAAACCAUUAGGAAAUAUAUGCAAAUAAACAAAAAUCUCAAGCCCUCCCGGUUGCCAGCAACGGAGGAAGGGAGGGCGAAGGCAAUGUUUACCGGACAUUUUUGCAAAGUGCCGAACCAUCCGCGAAACGGUGCGGCAUUUUAUACUGUUUACGUUCAAGGAAAAACGCUUCUGUUUACGGUAUACAGAUUUAGUUGAUUUACACACAAAUGCAUGCACACAUUUACUAACACUGCGAAGCUAUUGCGAUGACGAUCCUCGCAAGCUCGAUCACGAAAAAUCGAUGCAAAGCAGGAGUUCAACGAAACAAUUUGAUUAAAAAGAAAGAAAUAAGGUAUCACCAUCGGAAGAGAGUUUACAGCGCUGGGAAAAAAAUCAUUCAAGGAAAAAAUAACAACUAGAAAGGUCCUUAUUAUUUCUAGAAGGGUGCUCAAAAAUUUGAAGAAAAAAAUAAAAUCAAAACAGAAUAAGCUAACAAAUAGGCGAUCAAAAUUCAAGAACAACAAAAUUUAUCCUUGUACAGUUAAUUUACCAAAAAAUUGAACCAACAUUAUAUUUGGAGAAUCGAAAUUUAAAAAUUGUCGACAAAAUUAGAUUGCAAAACUAUUGGGAGGAUGUUUCAACUGUGCUGGAUCAGAUUCUAAAAAGAACCUACAAUUGCGAUGUGAAAAUGUCGAUAACAGUAAAUUCUAACAAACUGAAGUAUGAUGGCUUAAAUUAUAAAAAAAAAAAUCAAAGCUCAACUUUGUUGUCGGAUUUUUCUUGCAACUUCUAGGCAGAUUUUUCAGGAUUCGUCCUGAUUUUCGAGGGACCGACCUGAUUUUCGAAAAACGGUUGAAUUGUCCUGUUUUUUCAAAAAUGAUCUGUAAAAUGUCCUGUUUAAAAAAAAACAUAUACUACGAGUGAAAUUAAAGCUAAAUGAUGCCAACAUCAAAUAAAUCUGUAUUUAAAUAGUUUAACCAAUGAUAAUCUUCGAUUUUGAUGAUAUUCAAGCUAAGGUGCUGCUGGUUUCAGUUGCAUAAUUUGAGGCGUCUUCAGUACCUGAAUUUCGCCUUUAAUUAUACAAUCUAAGCAGAGCUGUAUGUUCUUUCCAUCAUUUUAGUGGUGUCUUAAAAAAUCCAGUUUUUUUUUUAUCGCGGUUUCCUGAUUUUAGUCAAAACCACCUGGCACCUCUGCUUCCAAGCAGCUUCGACUGCUCGAAUUGUUCUUGUAUGGUGCACGAUUUGACAGUGGUGUAAAAAUUCGUUUCUCAAAUUCCAGUAAAUUUGAUCCAGCACAAACAUAAAUUGGAAAAGGGCUAUUCUGCCCAACGGUAACAGCAUCACUCUGCGAAAUGAUUUGGAAUCUAUUAAUUUAUUUCUUAGUUACAGUGAUUCCAACUGCAAUUACCGAACAAAACGAAAGAUUUAAAAAAAAAACAUUAAAAAUCGACACAGUUUGGACAAAUGACAAUAUGAAACGUACAUAAUGGCUACCAAAACUACCCUUUUUGAUAAAACGAAACAACCGUUAUCCAGUUUGGUUGACAAUCGCUAGUUUUCGGCACUUUUGGAGGCAAUAUUUUCGAUUUUUCGUUUGGGGAAAAACAAAACCAAAAGAAAACAAAAAAGCAAAACAACUCUAAAAUGCGAAAGAAUGCGAUUAAUAAAAACUAACAAGUAGAAAACACGUUCUCGGCAAUGUUUGGGAUUUCCGGUCUAAAAUAUCACGUAAAAAGUACAAGCUUAUUUGAAGCACCUUCGCGCCUUAUCUUUAAGAGAAGAGAAUAUGGAGUAAACAAACAAACAAACAAAAACUAAGUAAGAGUAAUCAUUAUAAAAACAAACCAAGAAAAAAAAGAAUCAUAAAAACACAAAUUUUUGUGAGACAAUGAUAAGGAUAAAAAUGCAACAAAACAAUUGUGUGUAAUUUAUACCAAAAUCUGCCUUAAAUUAUAUUUUCUUAUAUACAAAAAGAAAAAAAAAGUGAGCAAGAAAUUUUAAACUAAAAAUGAAAAAGCGAAAUCAUAACAAAACAGUCUAUUGUAUAAUUAAUUAUUAGAACAUCUACUAGCGUGAUUAUUUGCUUAACAAGGGUAAAGUGGAGCGAAUAUUAUAACAAACGACCACGUUCAAAGGAUUGAAACAAAAAAAAGGAUAAUCAAACGGGCAUUCAAAUUUGCCAUAUGAAUAACCCACAAGCUCGAAAGUUAUCCAGCAAUUUGGAACUGAUUUGGCUAUUUGACAAAAUUGACAGUUGUUUGAUGACACUUUUCAUGGACAAAAUAAUUCGUCAUAUUUCAUUUGCAAUAAGUGGAUUUUCAACAAUUAUCACCUCAUUGGCACGACAUUUAAAUUGACUCUUCUUUUAUGAAACUCGAAAUUAAAGCAAAAUUCAAUAGUUGAAUCCAUGUUAAUUGUAGCAUAAAGUUUUGGAAGUAAAAAUUGUAACAUUCAAAAGUUUGGAACAAAAUAUAAUCAACAAAAAACGAAAGCGACUGAAUGAUUCUUUCAAAUCAGAACUGAUGUAAAAAGACGGAGGAAACCGAAAAACUUGUAUCAACACUCAUUUUUACACCGAAUCAAAGGCAUGCACUUUAAGAGGAAUAAGACAACAAUAAACUAGCAAAACUUUCAGUUUGUUUUUCCGUUCUCAACUAGUAGUAAGAAAAGAAAUUUCAAAAAAACGAAAAAUGAGCAGAAACUGUAGGAUAUGAAUAAUCAGGGUGUUAAUCCUGGGGAAGUUAUUGAGGCGUGAUCAUGAAAAAUGAAUCAACAAAACCUUGAUAUCGAAAAAAGGGGCAAACCGCGAGUAUAGAACCAACAAGAAAAAAAAAACACAAACACGCAAAAAAAACAGAAACACUUUCACUGAAACCAACAUCAGCAUAAACGAACAUCGGAGAGCAUGAGCUUGCAGGCAAGGGGCUCAUGCCUCUCGGGGACAAAAAUCUGAAAUGCAUAAGGCUUGGUCUAUGCUCCAAACGGAAUAUUACCGGCGAGUGGAGCGAAAACUUUGAAAAGUUCCGCUCAUAGUGGUAUGUAGUAUAUGUAAAAUUGUUGGAAGCCAAACCACGCAAAGGGAAAGGAACAAACUUUCUUAAAUUACUAUAAUUGAAAGCAAAAAUUAAAAAAAAAAUAUUUAAAUACAAAAACAACUACAAUUUAUUCCCAAGAAAAAAUAUUCACAAAAAGAAAAAAAUAAAAAAAAAUAGUCAUGGUAGCGGUUAUUUCUAAAACAACAAACAUUUGGCCACCGUUUAAGCAGAAAACUUUUGGAAACCGGCGGAAAUUUUUAAUAAGAGCACGGCCGGCCGCGUUCAUUCCAGGUGGCUCUGUCGUCGGAAGGUUCGUGACCGUGCCGGAAGAGAUAUUUCAGUUUGUUAGUUCUCCUUAGUUCACACACAGGUUUUCGGUUGUUUAUCAAGACGAGCUAAGGCUCGAUACUAUAAGGUUUACGCAGUUGACAUUUAACACAGCCAGUGUAUACAAUAGCAGAGAAAUAAUAUUUGAGAUUUAUGAUUUACAGGAUGCCACAAUCGCUGACCCGAUUUGGGCGCCACUUUGCCGCCCGGAAACGCUCCCGGAAGGCACUGAUGGACUCAGUUGGGAUGACUUUACUGUUGAAGGACUUUGAAUCGACUCGUUGUUUGGGGAAAAAUGCUAGAAUAUAUUUAAUAGGGGAUUUAAAAGAAACUGGUCUCACCAAAAAUGAUGUUUAGAUUACAAAAGAGACAAUGGAGGUGAAUUCCAUCUUAAACAUUUUUUUUAAUUCUGGAGAACUACAAUCGAAAAUCUGGAUUUUUGUAAAAAAAAAACCUAUACGAUCUAGCGCCAAAGUAACUUCAAAAUUCAAACAAAUGUAAGCUAUCAACGAAUCGUUUCCAAAGUUCUUCUUCUGUUUAGCGAAAACUAUACAAUUUUGUACAGUCUUAGUUUCUAGAGGUUUUCACAUUCAGUUCACAUAAAUUGUAUGCAAGUUCAUAAUUGAAAGUGGAUUAUUUAUCGAAAAAAAUGAUUAUGAAAUGUUCGACCAACACACGCGAAAGCAAUUGGAAACCAGAUUGGCCAGUCAAUCAGCUACUAGUUGUUGCAUUAGAUUCGUCAGUAAUUUACCGAAUAAGAAGAUCUUCGUUUCAUAAUGGAAAUUUUUCUUCAAAAUUCAAAAUUCUUCGAGCACCGGUUAAAAUUUCAACAUUCGAAUCAGCGACAGGCCCAAAGUAAACAAACACGGCUCACGGAUGAGCAAGGAUCAUAUCAUAUGUUUUCGUAAACAUUUUUGGCAAAAAAAAAAUUGAAAGUGAUUUUCAGUAAACAACAGCAUUGUUUCACAACUUUAAUUUAUAAAAACAAAAAACAAAAAGUUAAAUUCAGUUUUUUAAUGUUGAGAGAACAAUACAAUGCGAUUUUUUUUUUCAAUAAAGUGUUCUUUGUUUCAAAGAUUUGCGAUUGAUUAUGGUCCAAGCGUGUUUAUGUUGCUUCAAAACCAGAACAAAAUUGAGAGAUUUCAAUGUUUGGUAAUAUUGGCAUGUCUGGAAUCCUAUUUCGAUGGACGCCUGUCGUUCAACUUCAGGAGGAAAUUUCUAGAAUUGGCGAUACACGGUGCUCGGUAUCGGUGUUCGUUGCAAAUCGUUCGUUAUGGAAAAAUCAAAAUCCAGCCCAUGAUCAAACUAACACUCUUCAUGAUCAUUUUGACGAAAUAACAGCUUCAAUUUGAAUGACAACAACACAAAACUGACGGGCGUGGGUGGGUGGAUGAUGUAGCAGGAACGAAACAGUGUCGCCAAUAAAUGUUUCCCAAAGUGAGGAAUCCCCACAGCGCCCGUCACUCAACCAAGGUUCAGUUGCGAUCGUACUCACACAAACAGCCGGACAUUCUCAAAACUGAAAUAGCCAUAUUUUUAAUCUCUGACACAAUCCAGUACCGUUCUUGCAAUAGUAAAACUGAAGGCAACCAAAAGAAAUAAAACCAAAACAAUGUUUAGACUUUUGAGUUUCAUCCCUGACACUUUGCGGUAAAGGGGAUAACGUUUGGACAACGUUUUAUACUAUCAGGCAAACACCUUUUGGCAGUGAAAUUGCAAUAGAAACACACCAUCAACACGAAACAAAAUUACUCCAAAAUUGUAAUAUUUUACAACCAAAAACUACACGGCAAAACACAAACUUGGGCCACAACGUCCGAUCUAAAGUGCCUUCAAGAAAAAAAUAAUAAUAAAAAUAUAGAAUGUUGAUUUUUACAAAAAGAAAAGUAAAUAAAUAAGUUUUAUAUACAAAAAAAAGAGAAUAAAAAAUAAAUAAAAAUGGGCCCAUUUAAUAGACUUCUCGCCCCACCAAAAUGUACGGCUGUUUGUGUGCGAUCCGGUGUUGUUUUUCUACGUUGUGAUGUCAAAUCCAUAACCACAUACAACCAAACACGAAAAGUGAACAAAACCGACCACUACAAUGCAAUAGUCAAAAACCGGACUCUUUUGUUUCUCACACAUACACACACCAGUAAAAAAACUACAGAAACAGCAACUAACGUGAAGGAAUAUUUAGAAAUAACACGUCGUAUGCACCAUGCCAAUAAAAAAAACCAAAAAAAAAGACAACUAAACAUAAGGUACUAUCAAAACAAUGAAAAAUUCAAAAUUAAACUGUUACGUAUCAAAUUGUCAUGGAGAUGGCAAACACAGAACGCAGGGCCCAUAACUCAAAUGGUGACCCGCCGUUUGUUUGUCAUUCACGUAACUGCUCGUCAACGAUUGCUCAGAACUGGUGUGGACGUCUGGCGCACAUUCGAGCAGUAUUAUUGUCACAGUACGUCAAACUAUUAACUCAUCGCAGCAUAAAAGGAAAUCAAAGUAAGUCGAGGAAAACCAACCAUGCAUAGCAAGUAGAAUUUCAAAUAAAAAAAAACAGUUAUUUAACCAAAUCUACGAACACAGACACACAAACACAAAACUAAAUGAUGUAAAAUGUAAGCAUGCUACCAAAUCUACUAAUCCAUUUGUAAGCGAAUCAGUUUGUCCCUUUUCCAGUACACUUCCAUCGAAACAGUCCAGGGUUGUGGUCCUCCGCAGGAAAAAGACGCAACCCUGAUGACGUUUUUCAUUUUUCUUAGUUGAAUAAAAAAAAACACAUACACACGCAUACCCAUUAAAUCUCAUUAAUAGACAACAGAGAAACCGUUAAAUGACUAAACUAACAACAGCAUCAGAAAAUUAUAUGGUAGGACAUACUACCAUCGAAAAGUUCUUCUGCAGAGAACCGGAACAACAAACACAGAAAGCGCAGAAAGACGAACGAGGACGAUUACGAAGCAAAACGAAUGAAAACACACUAACACAAUCUCACAAUGGGAACGUAAUCAACACUGAAAGGAAGAAAAACAAACAUUAAAAAUAAAUAGUGAGCAAAAUGAAAAGAAAAAUUUCCAAAAACUUAUCAAACUGCAAGAAAUAAAAUGAUAAAAUAAUUGACAGCAAAAAAAACAUAAAACUUAUAUCCGUUUAGCAGCAGUGGCGUUGAGCAGAGCCGCUGAAAUAAGCGUAUAUGUUUCAGUUAAAGCUUUCUUUUUUGAAACUAUGCUUUCCUUAGAUACGAGUCGGAGAUUCAAACGGGCUAACAGAGAAAGCGAUUCUGAUAGUAAGAACUACUAACAAUUUUUGUAACCAUUAGUUUUACGGAUUUUUUCUGUUUGUUCCUAUUGAAGAUAAAUGGACAGCAAAAAUAAAAAAAAACAAGCAUACCAAUAUUUGUUGCUCACUUGGUUGAUCAUAACCGUAAUAUCAGUUACCAUUAUCACUCGAAAGUACUGGGCAAAACAUUAGUUUAAUUUGUUUUUUUAGGAUUGCUACUGCUCUUCGCGGUCGGGAAUAUCCUGAACCCGAAGAGCAUUUGAGCGAUUUUGUUGUAAAUGAAUAUUUGUUGAUUUGAUUCCAGUUUUAGUUCAAUUCACUUACGAUAGUGCAACACUGGACUUUCGAGCGCCAGCAAUUAUUUUCAGCAGACACUGGAAUAAAUUUUGUAUUGAAGAAUCGUCAAUUUACUUAAAAGUGUAAGAAAAAUGGACAAACCAGAAGAAACAAACAAAAAAAAAAUCUUAAAAGCUACUACUAUUGAUGAAAUCGAAUUGUAAUUGAUGCAAAUUAAUGUGAACAGAAUAACUAGGUUUUCAUUUUGAAAUAAUUCAAAAUAUCACAACAAGCAGCAAAGCAAAAAAAAAAAGAAUUCCAAACAAUUAUUCAAAUUACAACUAUAAAGUAAUAAUAAACAAGAAAAAAACAAAACCGCGCCUGACCCAGUGAGCGCACGGAAGAGCAGAGUCGGGGCUAGGCCAGAAACUAUCUUUAGUAGAUUUAAGGGAGUGCUUUUGGACACUGAUGCUGGCUUCGGUGGACCCGUGAUGAGGUGGAAUCGACGGUAUUCCAGUGGCAAAUUGCAAAACGAUUUAGACUCGGCUUCAGCAACAAUCUUUCGAUACGUGCCAAUUUGGGCGAUUUACUAAAUUCAAAACUACAAGCGAAAUUCCUCCACUUUCAGGCAUUUUUGGGGAACAACUUCAUCGGGAUCUGCCAAUACCGUUUGGGGAAAAAUGGUAAAAGGAAUGGGUUAGAUUGCAUUACGAUGCACUUGGAUUAGGACCGGAUUGACUCGUUUGAUGAUUCCUAUAACUGGUCUAGACACCCGUUCACUGCUUGGACACUCGGUCUGCGGUCAGUGCUGCGCAGUAUUUAUUUUUUGUAAUCUAAUUUUAAUCACACACAAUCACACAAACACACGCGCAUAUGUAUUUAUUCUCUAUUUAAAUGCAAAACAGAAUGAAAUAAACUCAGUCAAAAGCAGUAAAUAGUAUCAAAUAAUCAGAAAUAUCCAAAAUUAUUUCUCAGCAAAAGACAACCUACAGCAGAAAGAAAAAUGAGUACUCAAAAUCGAUACCUAAAAGAAGAAAAAAAGAACAAAACCAGCCAGUAAAUGACUAUAAAUUACAUAAAGAGAACUUCAAUUCCAUGCACGCUUCUACAGCAAAAGAAAACUAUUCAAAUACUUUACCAAAACAAAACAGGCAAAAAUACAUCCAAAAAUGAAAUCAAGAAAGUUAAAAGCUUAUUUCCAUCAUAUUCUUUUCCACCACCACCACCACCUUGUCAAUCCAACGAUCCGGGAACGAUUUUGGCACAAUUUGGCACUAUUUGGAAAGCGUGACACUGAAUGUCUGUAGAACACACAUACACAAACAUACGAAAAUGUAUUACUAGUGUUUUGAUGGCUCUAUUAUAUUGUAUCAAGUGAAAGAGCAGCCAACAGCAGCUACAAUAACAACUACAUCAACAAGCGUAUCAACAGAGCAUUGGCAACAACCGAUACGAUCAGUGACAACCAACAGCGAAAAUAAUUGAAAAAAAAAAACAAACAAACAAAAAACAAAUAUUUUCGGUACUACUUGGGAAUUUUGAGUUCUUUUUCAGUCAUACGUAAUCACCAUAAUUUUUUUCAAUAGAAAGUUUUGUGAGAGGCAUAACCGAAGCAGCAAUAGUUGAAACAUAAUCAGUGAAAGGAAAAACCAAACUCGUAUACCCACAACACACAGAUUUAGCCACGGGUUUAAGAUGUUCUCGGCGCAGUUCCACAUUUGACGACACGGAGGAAACAACACGCGGGAAGAAUCAAUCCGAAGCAGCGAACAAGAGGAACAACAGCAAGCGAGGAAAAGCGCGGACACACAUCCCAAAACCGAAACCAGAAUGCGAAAUUACCAAGAUGCUCAGUCAUCAAAACCAAUAGAAACUCGAGAUUUAAAAAAAAAACUUACAAAAAAAAUACAAACAAUCCCACAAACAGCAAAUGUUUAUGCUAUGUACGACAACAAUAGACCAGGAAAGUACCCGUUUCCAUCACGCGAGAGACAACAAAUGUGGAAGAAUCAACGCAUUCGAAGAAACAAUAACAGCAAUAUCUCCACACGGCCGAGUCGAGGCCAGGUUUCUCGCCCAGUGGGCAUGGGUACGCGUUUCUUAAUAAUUUCUUUAAUUUGUUUAACAACUCCAGCUCAGUCGAACCGGGAGAUGAGAUGAUCAGUAUGACAGACGGUUUGGCAUCCCUGGAUCCCGUACUUCGAAGAACAUAACCGAUCUUUUUCUUCCGGGAUAACAGGAAAAGGCCAAUUGGGAGAACCGGUGAACAUAUUACGAGAGCGCCAGCUGGAGUUUGAAUGUAAAUACUUAACACACAUGAUUAUUUACCGAUUUUCAUUUUUAUAUACCAAACACACACAAAACUCUCCGGUGCGGGAUUUUUCUCAUCGGAGAAUAUAUUUUUAAGUUGAAAUAGGAUAAAGUACCUAAAAAUAUUUCAGAUAAAUGCAGAUUAUAGUGAAGAAAACCAAGCAGAUGAAAGAAAAACUCAAAAGAAAUGUAGUUGAAAAUCUUUUGCGAGAAAAGAAACAUUUGUGCCAAAAUUCUUGACAAAAAAAAUCGAAACAGUAAAUGCUGGAAAUAAUGACACGCUUACGAGCAAAAUUGGAUUAUGUUUUCUACCAACACCUUCCGGAAAUGAAAAGCAUUGAUUUCGUACUUUUUUUCGUUGGAUUCACAAUCUACCAUUCUGGGUAGAAUGGUGACACAUUUGGAAAAAUAAUGCUUAUUGAGUACUUAAAAUGAGCACCAAACAAAAAAAAAGGAAAUCAAAACAACAUGAACUAUAUAACUGAACAAAAAAGAACAAUUUUGGCGAUUUUUCAAUGCUCUUAAAUGUUUUCUUUUUUGAUUGCAACAUACCCAUAAAAAUGGUUCCUCUCAAGUAGGGAGAGCCACUUAUAUCAAUGUGUCGAGUCUAUCGUAUCAGAAAACCAGAUUUUAAAUAUUGCAAAUCCACAUCCAAACAGUUUGAAUAUCAUAAGCAAAAACCAAAAUCCGACGAUUAGUAUAAUCAGCAGAUGCAGAGAACAAAAAAAAACUCUACUUACAAAAUGUGUAUUAAUCUAACAACAAUAACAGAAGCAAAAAAACGUGAAAUAGAACAGCAAACAUAAUUGACAAUGGAUACUAACUACUCUUACCAUCGCAAAUACAAACAGAGAAACGGUUGAAAAUAAAACUCAAACACAGGAAACAACAAUAGCAAACGGUUAAUUUUGUGCAACUCCAGCUCAUAUAAACGCUGAAGAGUGGUGUUCUCGCUUCCUUCGGAGAAGCUUCGACUUUUGCCGGGAGAUUGUGGGUUUCAAGUUUAUUCGAUUUUAAUGUUCAAAUGCUAUUUGGAUGCUUGGUCAUCAUCAUCAUCCGAAAUGGUUUCAGGGUCAUACUUUCCCACAGGGUACAAAGUAAGACCGUCGAACCAUUGAUGGGAUCUAAAUUAUUGAGAUUCGAAAAGUUCUAAAUUCCUAUGUAAAAGCGACCAUUUGAUCAAUAGAGCAACCAUUGACUUCAUCUAGUUUGACAUUUGCUGAGAAUUGACACCGGUCAUUGUGAACAGUGUUUGUGAAUAAACUGUAAGCAACUGUUCUAUGGGAAAAAAGAAAACCAGCUUCAGAAAACUGGAAGUGAUUGCGAUCAAUGGAUCUCGUAGAGACAUAAAUUACAAUCAAAAUAAUAUUGUUUGGCCGAAAUUAUAUAGAGACCGGAAUGUUUGGAAAAUUACAAAAAAAAAUAAUCACGGAACUAAAAUCAUAUUUCAAAAUCCAAAUUUAAUUUAGUACAUCUUGAAUAAAUUAUUGGAAUUUAUGUUUUAGGAAUAAACGAUCUCUGUUGAGUGAUGUGAAGAGCAUUGUAUUAUCUAGGAUUAGCAUCUGUAUCCGUGGUCUAUUCUUGGGUUCAUUUUUAAACGGUCUUAUUUAACACAAUUUUAAUUUAAACGAUGUUUUUAACGAUUUUCUCGAAAUAAAACGAUUUACAGCAACAACAAGAGGAACUAGAUUUAGCUUCACAAAAAGGUGAAAAAACGAUGCGGUUAAACAUGACCAUGAUCUUGAAAUGUUCAGGACCGUUCAGAACAUUCAGCCCACCUUUUAUAGUUCCGGAACAUCCGUAAUUUGGGUCUACAUAUUUUCAAAUCAGUUUCUUGUCAUUUUGAGUUAUUUUUCAAACCACUUGCAAAGUUCAAUAAAUAAAAACUUUAUUCAUAGAAUCAUGGGCCAGAUUUUUCACUAACACAUUUUACGGAUAAUCCGUGACAAUCGAAAAACAGACAAAUUUUAAAAUGCGUUUUUCAACAUUCAAAUUUUUAUAAUCUGUCAAGAAAGAGUUGACUAAACUUAUAUAUAAAAACAGCUUAUUAAUAUCAAAACGAAAAAACAAUCCAUGGUUAUUCAUCAACUGUUCAAGGAUUUUUGAAGUUCCUUGUACCUUGCCAUGCAAUAUUGAAUAUCGUUAUAGAACGACUUAGCUCAUAUCGGGACAGGAUCGUUUUCUAAAAAAUGGUUUCCCAACAGCUCUUCCAGUCCAUCCUUAUCCGCAAGCACUGGUUUCCUGUAACAAUUCUGAAACAUUCUCUUCAGCCAUAUCAUCGAAACCAUCGCCACCAAUGACAUGAGCCAGGAAAAUAAUUCUCAUUCAUAAUGAAAACUUUCAAGCUUCUGGAACGGUCAGUGUCGGAUCCUUUUCGAUCGUUUCCAAAACAAAUUGCUUCGUCCUGCCUAUGAACAGCUUCUUGAAGUAUGCUAUUAUGCCCUGGUCAAAAGGCUAGAUCAACGAUGUUGUGUUUGGUGGUAAAAAUACCACUUUCACAUUCGAAUGUUCCAGCGUAGGAUGACCAGGGGCAUUGUCAACCAUUAGAAAAUCAUAAAACUGUUUUCCCUUUGUCUCCAAAUAGGCUUGAUUUUCAGGGACGAGCAUUUCUUCGAACCACUGUCUAAAAACGAUUUGCGUGACCCAUGCUUUUUGGUUAGCUAACCAAUGUACCGUAAGCUGAUCAAAAUCCAUGCCCUUCAAGGCACGAGGACGAAAAGAUCCAUUGAUCAAAAGUGGCUUAAAAAGAUGGUCUCCCGAUGCACUCGCGCACUUCGCAGCUUAAAAUCCGUUUGUCGAUUUAUCGAUUUUGGCCAGAUCGAUUCUAGUUCUAGUCGGCAUGCGCUUCCAGAACAGAUCUGAUUAAUCCCCGUUGAAAACCUGGUGGGCAUUGUUGUCUCCCUCCCGAAUUACGGUAGAAAAUUCUGCCAGAUAAUUUCUUGCGGCGGCUUCGUCUGCUGAAGCGCUUCCUCACCGGAGCUUUACCUUAUGGAGAGAAUAUCGCUUAAGAAAUCCGGCGAACUAACCGGCACGAGCCUUAAACGACUUGAUUCCAUCACUCGAAGACGAUUCCAGUUGUUGGACGAGGGCGCUGUGCAGUUUUCGUGCUUUUUCCCGAAUGAUUGGAUCAUUCAACGGAACCCUCUUUUGGUUAUGGUCCUCGAUCCUUUUCCAUUUUUUCGAUUGCGGGAUCACGAGCGACACUGCAUCACGGAUUCUUUUUUCGUUCUUUUUGACUGUUUUUACUGCAGCGUAAUUUACAGCGAACUUUCUGCUUAUUACUACCGGAGUUGCGCCUUGAGCAAGGCAGUCGAGGAUUUCAAUUUUCAUCUCCAGCGUAAGGAACGCCUGGACUUUUUCUCCGAAGUAGCCAUUAUUUACAAGGUUGCACCUGUGAUGUAAGAACAAUGAUUUGAUAAUAAUAUAAGAUUUAGGUUAUUUAAAAUUACCAAUGGAUCCAAGAAUCGGAGGACGGCCGAAAAACCGGUAGCUGAUUGGUUUUUUAAUCACGUAAACACUUCUGAGAAAAGAAAGUUGACGUAGGGUUGAAAAAAUCUCCAUGAUAGACUGAUCUUCGUUUAAACGGUUUUUUUUAUACACGUACAAAACAAUCGUUUAAAAAAGAAUCCGGUGCAAGAAAUAGUCCAACGAGUGACAUUGAAGCCCACGUCUUAAAGAUGAAAGCCUUCAGAGAAGCGCUUGUUGACUGAGAGGAUUCGUAGGUCUUUGCUUGAUCAAAUAGUGAAAUAGUCGGACUGUUAGGAGGCCAAAGAUCCUUAGUCAGAAACUUCGUUUUUUUCCUCCACUCAGGUUUGGGUCCGUUUUUAAGGUAUGGCAAGGGCUCCAUCUUGUUGGAAAACAACAUUCUCGGGUUUGCUGUAGUUCGCCCAAAUCCACGGUAGCACCUGAUUCUUCAAAAUGUUCGUGAUUCUAGGAUUCUUGUUAGUAAACUUGUAUUUUACACUCUCUGGAACAUCCUCAACCUUCAGGGGUAAAAUAUGCCGAUCCUUACGUGAAUUGGACACCGGAUCAACCGAAAAAAGUUUCUCGCCGCUUAGAAAGCAAUCGCUCCGGGCGCUUAAGCCACAGUGCUUUAUUUCGUUCUUUUAUCAAAUGGUGCUUUGCUCAUGCCCUUGAUGAUGCUUUGAACUCAUCUUUGACCUAUCGAUGCAUGAAAGAAUUUGAGAUAUUCGCUUCCUCAGCCAGCCUCCGGAUUGAUACCACUAGAUUUUGCUUCACUUUCGCCUUGACCGAUUCUACCAUUUUUACAGCAUUUUUACACCACGUGCAGGCCGUGGCCUUCAACUAUCCGGCUUCCGUGGACAUGGAAAAAAAACUUUUCACGCGGUAAACAAUCGCUGGAAGAUUCUGGGCGAGAUUCAAACUGGUCACUACCUUUUGUGUACAUCUUGCCGAUAUAGCGGAUACCAUACUUCUGCAUUGUUUACGUCAAUUGACAGAUGAAGGUUAGAGCUAAUACACUCACAAAAAAUUAUCCUCAAAAAUGUAUAAAAACAACCCAAACAGACUUCCAGAAAUUUUCGCAUUUUUCAAGAUGUCGCACUGUACGUCAAAUUGGUUCCAUAUCUCAUCAGUUUUGGACCUAAGGAAUGGGCUAGUUCUAAAAAAGGUCUAAAGGUCAGAUGAAACUGGUUUUAUGGACCGACUUACACAAAACAAUUUAAUGCGUUUUGCACGAUUGAGUUCAGCUUCUUUUUCUGAAAAAAUUCCAAUUACCUUCAAAUUUAUAAUAAAAAUCUGGUUUCGGUAAUUGAAACCCUCAUUUGAAUUGUAUUUUGUUAGCAGUUUCGAUUCAUGUUCUGAAAAAAAGGGUUCGGGAAAGGUGUUUAAAUUUUCAAGCUAGUUCAACCAAACGACUACUGGAUUUUAACCUUUGUUAACAAGCCUUAGUGUCGAAAAAAGUCCUGAAAUUUUUGAACGGGAAUUUUCUUGAAGCUUAACCAUAUCUUGAAAAUAUUUGGGCGUUCAACACAUCCUAGAAGAGGGGGCUAUACCGACUGUUUGAAAAAAUGAAAACAACACAGCUUUGAACAAAAAAAAAUAUCCUUAGGUAAAAAGGACAAAAGAAAAUUAUCGCUGAAAAAUCGAAGAACUUAUCACGCUAAGUCGUCAGAACGAGAUGGUCAAUGAUUUGGGGAAAAAAAAACAUUUGAUUUAAAACCCACAGUUUGACUCGAGCAAAAGUUCAAUACCACUCUCUGGUGUUUGACCUACUCAACACUAACAAUAGACAGGUUUACAAUAGUGCGGCCCAUUCCAGGCAAAAAGGGAUAAAUUUUUGAGAACAAUAUUACUAGUUAAAACAACAUGCGGAACAAAACAAACCAAAAUUCAUUCACAGAGAAAAAGAAAACAAAACCAAAAAGCAAGCCAACAAUUUGUUCAUAAAAUUUGGACUGAUUACUUAUUAGUUACAUUUUUUCAAUCUGGGACUGUUUCGAAAGCAAACCACACAUCGACCUGGCAACCCUUUGAGAUGACGGAUUCAAGUUUAUCGAUAUGUUUUGUAAGAUUUAAAAGUAUAGAAUUUCGAUAAAGUGUGAAGCAAAAAAAAAGAACGUCCGAUUCUUUUCCCUUUGUUUGAAUGAAUUUUGCGUUCCAAAAGUUCAACACUGAGCUCGGUUGUAGACUAGUUUCUUCACCAUUAGUUUGAGUUCUAUUUUCAUAUCUUAUGCGUUAUAAAUUUCUUAACGGUUUAAAUCACAAAUUAUAGGGAUAUGGGAAAGCUUAAAAGAUUAUUAAAAACCAUCAAGCGAGGAAUGAUAAGUUAACUCUAGCAAACAUCUUAAUGGAAGAAACAACAACACUAUGUUAUGUUUUUGGAAAUUUUGACAAAACAUUGCGCAGUAACCAAAACAAACAGAAGAUAACAAAAAAGUUUGGCUCCAACAAAUCCAAAAAAUAAAAAUAAAGUCAUUCAAACGAAAUCAUCAAACACUUUCUGUUCACUUCGGUUGUAAUUUUCGAUCAAAAGAUGGUAGUAAGUUUAACAUUUGGGAAACUUUGAAACCAAACAUCGUUUAGAAAACCAAAUACGACCAAGCGAAAAACUACUGCGCAACUAAAAAUGAAACAAAAAAAAAACAAGUCCCUAAGCAAGCCCUAAGCAAACGGCUACACUCCAAAUGGGUAGCUCUCAAUGAGAAAACAACUAAAUUAGGCGGUAUGAUUGCAGCCACGUGAGUGAUUCGGAAAAAGGGCGACUGCCGUACGUUGUCAACGCUCAAAGGAAUGCUGUUUUAUCAAUAGCAACACACUACGAAUAUACUACAACGUAAAAGUAAACCAAAAAAAACAUUUUAGAACACAACAACUCAAACCUGUAAAAAUCCUAACCAAAAAGAGUAUUUUUAUAUCAAUAUUUUGUAAACGUUGGUGUAAAAUAACUUUAUGAAACCAGACAGAAUCCUAUCCUAAACCAUAUUGAGGCAAACCAGUAAGAUAGAUAAAUUUUUAGAUAAAGGAAUUGUAAAAAUGUAAACUUUCGGCAAGGAUGCUCUAAUUUAAAGUACAGAAAACAUACAUUUAGGCCAUUAAAUAUUAUCAUACUCGAAAACUAAAUUUAAAAAUCGAACCAUUUUAUUCAAUGUAUAUAAAACAUCGCAGUGUGGAACCAAAAAGUAACAUUCUUCAGCAUUAUUCGUAGCUUGACAACAUACGACUUUCGUCAAUUCCUCGAAUGCACCGUUUAGGGCUUCUACAUUCUCGUUACACGAGAAGGACACGAAAAAGCAACAAACAAAAUGAAUAUUUCCAUAUAUUCCAGUUCGGCAGCGAUAAUUUUAACAAAAAUCGAACUAUUAUGAAAUAUUUUAUUUGAAGAAAAAAUAAAAAAAACGAAACUGUUGAGAGACAAAAAUCCCAAUGCUAAUUUGACAUGGUGAUGUAACAAAACAAUGAUCAUUAUACGAAAGAAGAAAAAAAAAACACCUAAAACAGGAAAACUGGAACCCGUCAACCAGAUCCUGGGCGGCAAACUUCAGAUUGAACUUUCGAAACAAGUUAAUUUCCUGAAAAUAAACGAAAAUCUAACAUUCUGAGAAAAACGAGAACUUUCGAAAAAAGAAGAUUAGAAAAACGAUAACGUGGCAGCAGCAGAGCCGACCAAUCGUUCGCGGGACAAAAACAAAACGUACAAAAACGGAAAGUAUCUUACUUUUUAUGGCAGAAAAAUGUUCUGUUUUUUUCAUGCGUUUAGUAAAGGUAUCAUUGUAAAAUGAAGAAACACUACGACUAAAUCAGAAAUCUAGUAUAAAAGAAAUUGAAAACAAAAUGUUGAACAAAGAGUCAUCAUGAAAACAAACGAUAACAAAAGGAACAGAUUUUGUUGAACGAUGUAACCUUAAGCGAUAUAUAUAACAAAAAAAACCAUGAACAUACAUUCUUACGUUUGAGAAUAUUGUUUCUCAAAAUUUCUAUCAAAAUUAUAAAUAAAAUUUAAGGAAAACCCCCAAAAAUGAGCAAGAAAAACUAGUCAUAUGCGAAAACAGACAAAAGAAUCUACAGAAAAUUGUAAAAAAGUAACAAAACUGUAUUAUAAAGGUCGAUUUCUAGAGGAAAAAAAUUAUCAAUAAAAAUAACGAAUAAAAAAAAAACAAAAUAAAACUAAAACAAUACCUACAAGUGGUUGACGCACAUAAUAAAACCGUUUCAAAAACAAGAGGAAAACAAAACCAAAACACAAUUGCGAAAAAAAGAGACAGAUAAUCCUUUGAGCACGCAACGCAACAAAGCGCGAAACAUGAACAUCAAAUCGAAGAAAAGAAAUAAAAGCAAAGAACAACUGAAAAGAGGUAGAGAGCACGAAAAAGAAUUGAGUAAGCAGAAAAUACGACUAGAACAGAUAAAAAAAAAUUAAGAUCCACGGUCAAAACGAAACAACAAGGUAAACCUUGAAACAUUGAGGCUGAACGCAGAAGCGAAAAAUAAAUGCGAAAUUCGAAGAAAAAAAA